ACGGUACGCGUUCAGUUAUCAGCCGGCCGCCGACCGUUGCGGACGUGCGUACGUCUGUCCGUUCUGUCCAGUUGUCUACUUUUACGCGUGUUCUUGUUUCUGUGUGUGUGUGUGUGGUCGUUUCUGUGCGUUUGUGGGCCCGCGUGAGAUCGUCUACCGGCCGCGCCAUGAAAUCGUACGCGACGUCCACAAUCGUCGCGGACCGGCCGCGGUGACCGUCGAACCCGUUUGGUGUUUUUGUUGUGUUUUUCAAAUUUGUAACGAACUUCUCGCGUUUACUCGCGGGAUCUUCUCUCCGACAGCAGCGCGUCUCCUCGCCAUGCCGUUCGUCCAACGUGUGGUCGCGCCGGUCCACCUGAGCCGGGUCAAGCUGCACGACGAAAACGGCACGCCGACCGUCCGGGACCGCGAGCUGGACGCCGUCACCAAUUGCGCUCUAAGCAACGCGCUGCGGCAAAUGGCCUCCGUGGCCGCGCUCGCCGACGAGGUGUUCCGCGUGCUCCGCGAUCAGCUGACCGACGUGGCCACCAGAUCGGCCAAUCUCAAGCACCGCGUCCAGGCCCUCGGCCACUUGGUCGAGCUGGCCGACCCGAAAGCCGUCACAGUCCGUGAGUACUUUUCGAAUUGCGUUUAUUCGGUCGUAAUUUUUUUUUUAUCUUAUGUAAACAACGGCCGUUGGUAAAUUGGAUUUGACGGGGGUGGGUGGUAGUAAAAUAAUUAGCAUUGUUUUGUUCGUCCGUUUUUUUCGAACACCCGCGUAAGAUUGUAACCGAAACGAUUAAUCGGCAUUAUAAAAAAUAACGAAUUAAAACGGACUUAAUACCAUUAACGCACGAAACUCGGUGGCACCUGGAAACGGUAACAAAAAAAAACUAAAAAGUUCAUGAGCGAACGAUACGAGUAGAACAAAAAACAAACGUGUUAUAAACCCGACUGACUACUCAGAUUUUGUUUUUUUCGGGGGGGGGGAGCGAACGGAAUAAAAUAUGUUCCGUUUGCCUUCGCAUACGCAUAACGUAAUAUUAUAACAAACGGGGCACAAGUGGGCAUCAUAUCGUCGGUCGCCACUUAAGUGCAUCGUAUUGUACUCGACGCGGUGUCAGUAACGCCGCGUCCGGAAAGAGAGAGAGACAGAGAGAGAGAAAGAGAAAAAUCAACGGCUAAACCCGCUGUGCCGGGCCGGGGGUACGAUCGGUUAAGGGAGCCGAUAACACACGCACUCGAUUAUUACUGCUCGCAGCUGCACCACGGCAACGAACAAACGUACUCGAGGUGACUGUUUCCCCCACCCCUCCCCCCGUUGGGCCACUAUUGGGCCCCUUGGGCCGUUUGGACGAAUAAUUUCGAAACGAGUAGUUGAUCGUCCCGAAACGAUAAGAAUAAUACGGCUGCCGAACCGUGUCUAACGAACGGGGAUCGGAUUUUAUAGCGUCCGCUAAUAUUAUUGUCACGGGAUGGGUACCUAAUGAAUAUUUUAUAAUAACGGCAAAGCGAGCUAUACAAUUCGAUAUUGCUAUAUGUUUCUUGUCGACCUGUCCGUAGUUUUUUUCGAUUUCACAGUCGUUCAGAAAUAUCAACGAAUAACAUUGUAAUGUUUGUACGGAACAAAAGUCGUUAAAAGAAUUUUUGACCGCGAAAAUUGGAUAAAUUUCACCCAAGAUCCCGCGCCGUAGGGAAACACGGUUUUUAUCCCCGGUUUGUAGAUUUCGAGAUAUUUUCGACGGGGGCGGGUGAGAAAUCGAAUCGAGGACUCGAGGUAAUAAUACUUCGCGCCUCCACUGAGUACUGCGCGUAUUACAGGUACACGUUCGGUCAUUGUGAACCGCACAAAUCGGGCCGAAGAACGUCCGAGAGAAAUAUGGCGCGACGCGGUUUUGGCGGGAACACGACUGCACCCGACGCGCGUUUGUCCGCGGCCGUUCCUCUUGAUCGGCGAUUUUCAACCGGGGGGUCGUAACCCACGUAUGGGUCGUAUGGGGAGCGAUGCCGGAGAGUCGCCAAAUAUUGUAAGUAUCGUGUAAAUUGUAUAGGUACCGUAGUAUUCGAGUUCUAUUGAAAAGAAUUUCGACGGGUCGUAUUUUCGUGAAAAAAAAAAACAAACUAUAAGGGUAUUGUGAUCCGUAAAAGAUCGAAAACCACUGCAGUCUAAUAGAUAGCAGCCGCGUGCCUGUGAAAUUGAAAACGUUAUUUAACGUAUAGCUACGUAGCGCAGUUGACGGGACCGUCCGACUUCACAAAUUAUAAGGUCCCGAUUUCUCAGAAAUCGUCGGAAAUCGAAAUGGUUUAGAACCGAUGCGUAUCCGAAGUACAAGUUCUAAAUCCUAUUUGAUCGUCAAAGUAGACGAGUGAUGUCCUGCAGAGAGAUGUCGUCGAGUUACGAGACGAAAAUUCGUAUUGGUAAAUUUACGUGUUCCGACGCCCGUUGAAUGUUCUCUAUGAAGAGGAGUGGUGUUGGGAUGGCGGUGCUUUAAAAUUAUCCCCGAAAACCCGUGAAAUUACGUUAAAAAAUUUCGGAUAUCCGAUGGCGCCGGAUAACCUAGUGGUUAGCACGCGAGACGGUUGUUCAGACGCCACGUUCGGCGUUCGGUUUUCGCGGUACAUAGAGUUCGUAAGGGCGCGUCCGGGUGUGCCGUACCAUUCGGAUUUCUCGGGUCGCUGUGUGGCGUGCAGGUCUCUAUCCGUCCCGCCGUAAACCGGUGUUCCCCGGCGGUCCCCAUAUGUCUCGGGAUACGCGUGUAUACUGGCUGUCCCAUGUGUCUCGGGAUGCGCGCGCGUUGCCGAUCCCUCCGACAGCGGAUCUCGGGGUUCACACGCGGCCGCCGACGGUUAGGUUAGGUUAUGGCGGUUCGUGAUGGUCGAAAUGUACAACACUAUAUUUACGGUUCGGAUAUCUAUGAAAUCGCGUAUUUUUUGCCGCCGUUUAUCCAGAUCAAUGCCGAUCUGGAUACGAAUUUGAUUCGUACGUUCUACUGAAUCGAAUAAUACUGUUUUUAUUUCGCAUAUUUUUCCGUACAAACUCGCCCGCGAGAUUGCCGUGAAGAUUUAUUUUGAUAUCCCGCCCCCUCCCCACUCUAAAAACAUUCUCAAUUACGCCACCGCAGCGUGGUCCUUUGCUGUUUGUUCGUAUCGUAUCGCGUUAAGCCGCCCCUUCCGUUUAUCGAGUUCACUUGACGCGUGCCCAUAAUUAUUACAACGUGUUUCGAUAAUUUCCGGGAAAAUGUUUUCCGUAUCGACUCGCGGAGUUCGAAUAGGAUAUAUUCAACGAGGGGAUUUACCGAUGACCAGAGUCCGAAAGAGAACGCGGAUAUUGUCGCGAAUCGUAAAUCCGCGGCCAGAGUCGGCGCGUAUAAUCAGCGCGUGCCCGCCCCUUAUUCACGUGUAACUCGUCCGUAUUUGAUCCGGGGGAGGGGGGUGAUUUCCGGGCGGUGUUCCUGUGGUAAUUUUAAUAUUACGCUUCGGAUAUUUCCGCGUGAAAAAUCGCGGCCGUAUUGUCGAAAAGUUUUUCAAAAAUAAAAAAAAAUUCGUCACGAUACGUUUGUAAUCACUGCCCGUUCGUGUAGCGAUACAAAUUUUCGUAUUAUUGUGUUUGUUUCGGUACCUAAUUAUUUUUAUUAUUAGAAACUUCGCGGUCUUCUUGUAUACGAUGUACAAAUACAUUUUUUUUCAUUUUUUCGCGAGUAUUUUGGUCGUUUUAAUUUUAAUUUUUGUACAACCGCAGUGUCUGUUUUCUCGGCAAACUGCAGAAUGAACCGCGAGCAAGACUUAAAAUACGUCACGUGUAAGGCACGGGAUGUAACAACAGCGUACUCAUGGGAAAAAAAAUGUAUAAGUGUAAACCUUACAGUCAGUGGCGUAUCCAGACAUUUUCGACGGGAGGGGAUGUAUGUAGCAAUCGUAAGGCCGUGAAUAAAUCGAAAAACCGUCCUCUCCACCCAAUUCGACUAUGAUGAGAGUUAUUAAUUUAAAAGACGGUUCCUAAAAAAAAAAAAAAUGAAAGAAAAGCCAAUUUCCGCCUAUAUUUUACGUAUCCGCGAAAGAUCUGUCCGACUUGGCGUCCGUUUGACGCGAUGCGCAUGUCCCGAGUAUCAUAUCGAUAAUAUUAUUUUUAACCGAAUCGGCGGUUAUUAUGCAUGGGGUAGGCGCGUCAAACGCGUCGGUAUUAUAACCGUCGAUUCGGAAUAAACACUCGACAGUAAUAAUAUAAUAAAUAAAUAUUAUCAAACCGUAUAAAUUAUACCCGGCGGCGGCGGCGGAAUAAUAAUGAAUUAUUACCCGAUUGAGACGUUUGCGAUAAAAGUCGACGAGGCCGCCUCGGUAAAACGCGUACGCAUUAUUAAUAUUUUAUUUUUGUUUCGUCGUCCGUCGACACUAUAUAUUAUUUACUAACCUGAUAAAACCUGGAAUUUCGUUAAAAGGCCGAUCGGAGGGUUUCGGAAUAUUUCGACCGGACGGACUUUUUACGUCGAAAUGCCGGUAAAAAACCUACGUGAACACGUACCGACCGCGUCCCGGGUUUUUCUCGUUAGCGCGUUCGUCUUGGUUAUUGCGCUAGCGAUAUACUUAUCGGCUCUCAAGUGACGUCAUUUGCAGCAUGCAAAGGUAGUACGAAAAUGCAUCCCGCGAGUUUUUUUUACCUCAUUUAGAAUGUGCAGUAGAUCCGAAUAAUUUCACGGAAUUUUCAAUAAAAUAAUACAAUCGUUUUGUUCUAAUAAAUUAUACAAACAUGUUUUUUUCGUGCUUUUAUCGCAAUAAUUUAGCGACAAUUGCGUAUAGAUAGAUAUGAAUUUUAAAGUUUAACGUUUUUAUAUGAAUUAGCACCGAUUAUUGCCCAUUUUUUCAUUGUUUUAGAAUAUUUAUUGGUAAUAUAUUAUGGAAUAGUGAAUUUUUUUUUAUUAUCUAUCAAAUCGUGUCGAGUCUAGUUUGUGCAAUUUAUUAACAGUAUUAAUCAAUACCUAUACCUUUCUUCAUUUAUUUUUAUUUAAAAUACAUAUACUGAAAUAGGUUUUUGAAUAAUGUUUAGGUAUUAUCAAUAACCAAUACAAAUAUAUGUUAUAAUUGAAAAUUAAAAUUAUAUACCUACGGAAAUUUAUUCAUAUUUUGUCCUUUAUAUGAUAAGCGAUCAAGUAAGCUGCUUUACCAUUGAGUUUUCAACAUUCGUUUUGCAUAUCAUGAAAAAAUUUGAAAUGAUGUCCCUGAUCGACUCGGUGCAAUAAAUUGAAUUUACAAGCUAACGCAACUUUUAACUUUGAUAUUUUCUUGUACGCUACGAUAUCAUUGCCCGGUGUUGACGGCUACGGCUAUCGGUUUCACGAUUUCGCCAUCCAACGCGUGUUACUCUCAAGUUUUAUAACAAUACGCAAUUUCGAUUACGGCGAGUGAAACGGAAACCGUAUGUACAGCCAAAAAAAAAAAAAUCAGUGCGAUUUGAGAUGGAUGCGAAUUUCGAUUGACAUUUUUACACAUUUUUUCCGAACGUAUAUAUAACCAAAUCAAUGGUCACAUUCUCUUAUUCGAAAAGUGCCGAUUUCAAAAAGGCGAUUAUUGUAUUUAGCCAUUUAUCCGUCAUUUAUAGCCUUCUACGACACUUGAUGAAUGAUGUCGAUUCCAUUUAGAAAUGUCGGUUAGCUUUUGUGAUUUAUAGGACCCGACCACAGUAUGGCUCGAAAAAAUAAUCUAGAUGCAAUCCGUGUGAAAUAAAAGGAAAACAUUUGCCGUGCUCUGGCCGUAGUAUCCCGGGCGGUUCUGGGAUGGGAAAAAAAACGGAUAUCCAUAUAUACGAUGAUUAUUCUUGUAUUAUUCUAAGUCGUCUGUAAAACAUACCGCUGUUUUCGAAUCUGGUGUUUGCGCCUGAGAAAAAAACUUAUAAUUAUACGCGCGCCACGGAGGGUAAAAUGUCGUGAAUAUACGCGCGAAACGUGUAUUUCGGAACCCUCUCCGAAAAAAAAAAAUCUCAAUUUCAAUCUCAAGAGUUCGCCCGGCCGAAGCAUUCCGCGUUAACCGUUCGAGUGAAACACGUAUACCUCUACUAUACUGCACGUGCAUUUCCCUCCGUUUAAUUAGUGCAGAACGUUCGGCUUUUUUAUUGUUUUGUUUUUUUGAACACGCGAUCUGUUUAUAAAAAAAUAUAUACGUACGUUUCCAUACCUCCGGCAGAGUGUAACGGAAAUGACCUAUGGCAACUUUAACGGUCGGUCGAUUGACGACACCGACGCCGCCGCUGUCGUCGUCUGUAAUUGUUGUGCAACGCGAUUUAAUCUCUUCUUACGGGUAUAGGUAGAAAAAAAAAAAACCCAAACUGGUUUCGGACGGACAUCGUCGCGUACAGUGGAAAUUUCAGAAUGUUUCUCGGUUUUUAUUCUUUUAUAUGCAUAUACCUAUAGCUAUAAACUCGCGAGCUUACGGACUGACGGUUAUAUUUCGAUCUUAUUAUUAUUUUUUUUUUUCGUAUUAUUAUUCGUAUUUUCGACUGUACACCCUGCGUAUUAUGUAUACAGCUCGCCGCCGCGGCAGCUGGUGUCGAUUAUUAUAAUACGUUAAAAACAGCGGGGACGCGCAUUAUAUACGAAACGGGGCUCACGGUUUUAAAAAACACAAAAAACAACAACCGGAUCUACACGGGGAGUGGUUUCGACCGCGAGACACCCUUUACAUUAUUAUAUUCGAAUGCGAAAAAACGCUGCAGCGUUUAACGGACAUAAUAUUACAAUAACAUCGUAACGGACCGGACGGAUGACCGUUUGUUGCGAAUUUAUAAUUAGACGUGUGUGCGGGUAGCCGUGUGAUGAGAUGUUUUGGGUGUUCGGAACACUCCCCUCUCACUUACUGUCGGUCGCGUUCAAGCCGCAAAUAAAUCGCGUGUUACGGGUUCUAACAAAAUGCCUAUGGCAAAGAGAAUAAUGGGCGGGCCUUAAAAACACCGUACGAUAUAAAAAAAAAUUUUAAAUUCAAGACGUCAGACAGUGAAUGAGACGUUACGACGAGAGACGAUUAAAACGCCCGUACGAUUGUAUACAAUAGUUCGCAAAGGUGUUUCGGAUUCGAGUUUUCAUUGUGAAUUACAGAGUUCAUAUUAUACAAGGGCGGGUUUUGAAUUUUCGCACGGGUCGCGAUAAUUUGUAAGUUGCUUUGUGAUUCUAUAUUGUAAUGAUCACGUUCAGUAUCGACCGGGACCCACAAUAAUAUGUGUGCAAUGUGUAUGGGGGGGGGGGCGAGGCUUGAGAUUUAUAAAAUAUCUUCAUUCGACUACGGACCGUUUUUUUGUGCAGAGAUUAAAUGUGUGGUUUGGUGCAAGAAGAGCUAACGUCACACUUUGUGAAAUGGGCUUUAAUAUUACAUUUUCUUGCGAUUUUCAGUUUUUACAAUAACUUAAAAAAUCGUACACCUUUUCUUUUUUUACUUCUAACUGAUUUAUUCAAAAAUAAAAUUGACAUUGGCCCUUCUUGCACCAAGCCACAGAAAUAUAGACUGAAGUCGGUUAUCGCAGACUGCUGUAGUGAAACAAUGAAAAAUAACCGUAGGUACACGUCGUAGGUGUCGUAGGUACACCAAGUAAAUGUAUACCGGUCCAAACGCCGGAAAUAUUGAAAUGUCUCCGAAAAUAAAACCGACUUUCGACCUGUUGAUUUUCCAUCGCACAGAAUUCGCGUUGCGAUUUAUCAACGCGAUCGUAUGCGUUCGUGUAGUAUAGGACGUGCGAACGUCCCCUACCACAUCACGGCGUAGAAUUCAAACGUGCAAAACACCCCCGACCCCUCGGUUUUAAAAGAAAUAAAAAAAAAAAAUACCGGAAAAAAAUCGCUGGCUACGCGCCUGACGCGGAUGUGUACGGCGGUUCGAAUCUGGAACGAUUUCAAAAUACAAAUGCGCGCGCGCGUUUUCUACGCGAACGAUUCAUCGCGCACAAAUUGCCGCAGUAGGUCGUGCGGAGUGUGUAUAAAUAUAUGUGUGUGUGUGUGUAUUGUAAUUUGUGUUUCGCGUAAACCACGCGUAACAUAUUAUCAUCAUCGUUAUUAUCAUCAUUAUUAUUAUUAUCAUUGUAAGUACGUCGUGCGCGUACACGUCGGGCGUGACUUUUGUCCUGCAGCGGCGUAUACGACGGUCGGGACAAAAAAAAAAAAAAAAAAAAACACAAAAUCUUUCGAGUGUAUCGACUGCAUGCGACUCGGGAUUUUUUCCCGAGGUUUGAAACGACCGAUUCCCGUAUUUAAUAACAAUUAUUAUACUGUACGGUCAGAGUGCACGCAUACGCGGCGCGUCUACGAUUUCGAGUGGUUUUUUUUUUUGAUGUUGUUCCCCGAGCAUUCUCGGGCGGAAAUAUAAUAGUUAUAUUCGUUUCGUAUACGCGUCUAAUAACUGCGUUAACGGCAUUCGAUUAUCCGCGACUUUUUAUCACCCAUACGAGCGCGUAUUGCGGCGUUUCGCCCGUUUUCGAGCGUUUGUUUUGCGUACGAAUUACAAUUUGUAUAUUAUGUACGUUAAUUUAUAUAGUUUCAAACGCGAACACAAUUCGUUAACACUACCUACACGGCUAUUUAAAAUCUCGUUAAACAAUUCAAACGUUAACAAUUCAUUAUUAACUCGUAUUUAACGAUAUUUUUAUUUUUUUUUUUAACGUAUUAACGUCUUACGCCCAAUACAGUAAUUAAUAAUAAUAAUUAUAUAAACGCUGCAGCAGUCGAUAAUAGCAUUGAAAUCCGCCGCGAAACCGCGUUUCGGGAACACUGGACAUUUUCAAUCACAAUUAUUGUUGAAGGACUCGGCGCACCCACCAGACGCAUGUUCACAUUUCGAAAUCGUUCGGGGGAAAAAAGGAAAGAUCUACGGGACUGUUGUGGUUUUGUUUUUCGCCCGGAAUUCGUUUUGAACCAGACAAGUCCAUGUUAUAGUUUCUCGUAGUAUAGUGUACGCACUCAAUUGACGGACUUGCCAUUAAUAUUGUUGCGCCGUGUAGCGUUCGCGUUUAUUCGCUUCACCCGGAACUACCGAAAAGCCGUCUCGGACUCGCCUUCGAGUUCCGACUUCGGUUUUUGUCGAUACCUGCGUAUAAUAUUAUUACGACGGCCUUUUACGGACCGUUCGCAAUUAUAAUAUUAUAAUGAACCUGACCUACAAUAUAAUAAUUAUUGCACAUUCUUGUGGUUUUAAGUAAAGUUUACACGCUUCUUACGCGCAUAAAUUACCCGCGAAUACAAUGUAUAGUGUUUUUUUUUUUUUGUCCGACUGCAGUAAUUCCGACCGUGUUUCUUCGUUCUUAUAAUUAUUUCAAUAGCAACCGUCGGUUUCCGUAUAAUGUAUAAUAUCAUGCAGGUAUGCCUUAUACAUAUAUCAAUAAUUCUAUACGCUAUACAUGAAAAUCGGCGAUUUAAUUUUUUCAAAUUUUUAACAUUCAUCGUCAAUACAAUAAUAAUUAUUGAUUAUAUUAUACAAAACGGUUUGCAUUAUACACUAUAGCUCCUAGCUAUUUUUAUUUUUAUUAUAUUUAAAUAUUAUAAUAAAAUGACGCGUCGUAUAUUAUAAUUGACAUAUUGAUACAUCAUCGUAUAUUGUAAUGAAUAAUCGCAUUUAUACUGAAGACAAUCCGUCAAUACGUUCGAUUGUAUGUAGUGUAAUAAUAUCUAAUCAGAUUACAUUAUUUUUAUUGUAAUUAUAUAUUAUACGUUUCUUUAUUGUUAUUUGAUAAGAAUAUCGUUUUACGAUUGAUUAUAAUAAUAUACAUCGCGUUUCGCUCAAACGGUUAAAUGAAAAUGUUUGAAAAAAAAAACAACUUAUUUUUACCGUCGGAUUCGGAGUCAUGUGAGUACCUAAUCUCCCCAAGCAACUUUGACUUGUACAAUUUGUUUCCGUCCUGAAAAUUCCUCGACACAAAGUUUACUGAAAAAUAUGAUUCUUUCGUGUUUUUUUAGAAAUAAUGAAUGUACAUAUAUAUGUGUUAUUUAACAAUUGUAUUUAAUUUAAAUGUUUUCCCCCAAAAAGGUUAGGUUUUUCGUCGAAAAAUCAACAUGAAUUUUCGAAACAAAUUGUAUUAUAGGUCAAAGCGGAUGAAAGUCGCAAGGAAAACUUAGCAAUAUUCGAAUCUGCACCAGAUAUCAAACAUACAAUAGGUGUUUCCGUUUAACAAAGUUUAACACAAGUUUAAUUACGCAUGCGCGUUCCAUAAGGAUUAUAAUGUUGAAAAUAUGCUGAAAAUACGUAUUUUCAUACCUACCCCCGAUUUUAUUAAUUCUCUCUCUGCUCCCUCCCCCCCCUCCGUUCCAAACCCAAGUCUGAAAUAUUUUCCGUGUCACCGUUCGAACGGAACACACUGUAUAAUUUUUUUUCGUUUAGAAAAGUUUCAAACACAUUAAUAUAAAAUAAUAGAGUUUUAAUAAUAUUAUAUAUUCGAUAACACACGAAUCUAUUUGUUUUAAUUUGAUUAACGGCCAAUAAUUCUUUAACACGCGUGGUUAUUGUUAGUUUUAAACUGCCGCUCGUUAUCUCGUAUUGUGACAGUUUUGUAACGGCGACGCCCGCUAAAAAAAUACGGAUCGCUUAACGCGCGUGUUCGAAUUUUAAAAUUGUUCGAGAAAUACAAAUAUAGAUAAAUAGGAAUUAUAAUAUAUUUGGAAAAAAAAAAAAAAAAAAAAUUCAGUGACGCAUUAUACCCGCUGUUUGAUAUCGUCUAUUUGUGUGUACACAGUCGUUUUAUACAAAAUAUUGUAAAAUUCUAGGCGCUUAUAGGUUUUUUUUUGUCUUUCUUGAAGAAUUCUAUAAUUUGAACAUGUGCCCUUCAGCAUUUAACGAUUCAUAUAUUUCCAGAGUGUUUGUCGAAUUUCUUCCCGUACACGUUAAAAUACUCGCGUAUGUAUCUUACAAUCAUUAUGGUUCGCCAGAAUCACCACAUGACAGUGGUUUACUCAACGGGGCUGAAUUAGGUGAUACAUCAUCAUGCUCCGAACUGAUCGCAGGGCUUGCAACUCCGCUAUCACUUCUUUCAGACAUUGUCGAUUUUCGUCAUUAUUUUUCUCCAAAACGGUAAUUUUUCUCGCCAAAUAUUUAGCUUAAAAUGCUUUUUUCUCUUUUUCAAGUUUUAAAAACUUAAUACGUUUUUACGAUUGUCAAAUUCUAUGUGUAUCUAUAUAAUAUCUGUUUUAGCGCUCAAAUCAUACUGUGUAUAUUAUACGUUUUUUCGUUUUCCGACCAUAACUAAGUCCCCUCCUCCAUAAAAAAGGCGAAGGGAAAACAUAUACAAUUCGAACGAAUAAAACUGGACCUUGUCUAUAUAGAUUUAUUAUGCUGAAUUAAAAUAUACGCAAUUGUUGUUGAUUUUUAACAAUUCGUUAUUUUAAUUGGUUAAAAAAGACAAUAAAUAUACGUUUUACGUUGAUUUACCGAGAAUUAUUGUCACUUUUUCCCACUUGUCUUAUUUUAUUUUUCGAGUCGUUCUUAAGCCUCACGAGUUUGUUUUCAAUGUACGUAAAACAAAAGUCGAAUAAGUGUCAAGAUAUAAUAAGUGUAUAGGCGGAAAGAGAAUGUGCGACGGCGGUGUUUUUUUUUUUUUUGGACUUGAAAAAUCUCCACGAGAUUAUAUUGUCGGUGUAUAUAUUGUUGUCUAAUAUACCUAUCGUAAACGCCAUUAGGCCAGAAGUGCCUGUGGUUGUAUUAUAGGUAUCAUUUGGUUUUGAUAUUUUUCUUGUGUGUUCUUUAUCCGCGUCGUCCAUUAGCCUUCGGACGUAAAUUCCAACACUAAUCGCCAGUCUUCGGCGAUAGUAAUGGCCUUAAUUAUUACUUAUAUUAAAACGUCGGUUUAUAUGUACGUAUCAGAAUACUAUGCGGCAGUGUCCGUUAACACCUCGACCCGGGUACGACUGCCGUCUAGUUCGUUUAUCGCCUAAAACGUUUUAGUCGACCGAAAAAAAAAAAAACAAAUUAAAAUUUCGGUGGCCAGACAGCGGAAGAAGCCCCUGGGCACUGGGCGAUGCUGCGGAGAAACCAUAGCUGCGAACGGGGUGAAUUUCAUUACAAUGAACGCUCCAGCUCUUCGCUCUCCGUUCGGUUUACUCGUCGCAUAAUAAUACGGUGAAAACGAUCGGGUUUCAAUGAAAUUAUUGUUGGUAAUUUUUAAUUUUGUUUUCCGUACGUCCGUGCCUAUAUCGUGUCACCCCUUAAAAGUGGGAAAAAACAGGGGAAUAUAUAACGCAUCGCGAACGAAACCUUUGCGAGUGUACCCAUAUAUUAUUAUACUCGUAUUAUACACCCGUAUAAUGUCGAGGGGGUUUUUUUCCGAAAAGAUAUUGUAUACCCACUGUAUACGUAAUAAUAUUGUAUUUAUAUAGUCAUGUUUAUAGGUACAAUACGCGGAAUAUAUAAAAAGGUGUAAUUUUUUAUUAUUAUUUUUUUUAUUUUUUAGUACGCGUGUAAAAGAAACCGUAUAACGUUUUUGAACGUCAAAAUAAUAUUACGAUUAAAAAACGAAAAAACGCACGGUUGAAAUUUGACGCACGUUUCCGAACGUUAUAGGGGAACUUCACCUAUACGACCCACCUAUAGGUAAUAUUUUCGAGAACUUUACGGAAUCGAUAGGACGCGUAUUGUUUUCAGACGAUACGUUUGGAAUUAAUACCGCGUACCAAUAACGCGCCGCCACGUCCUCGAGGUUAUUUAUGAAUAUUGUUUUUUUUAGUUUUUUUAUAUCAUAUAUAUUAUGUUAUGUGUACGGUUUUCACCGAAAAUUAAAAAAAACGCGGUUAUAAAAAUUUGUUUGAACGCGCGUUAUAUACACUUAUAGGGAGACGGGCCACGGGCACCGUUAAUACGUUUUUCGAGGGGUUUAUAAAAACUGCCGUUAAGCACGUUCAUCGUUUUAUGUGUGUGUGUGUGUAUAAGUAAAAAAACAAAUACAGAAGGCGUAUUAUUUAUUUCCGUUACGUUCGGUAACUAUGGCAACCGGAAGUUAAUCAAACAAAAAACGUUCGCAUCACGCCGUUUUAAUAAGUCCUAAUCCAAACAAUAAUAAUAUAAUAUUAUAGCAGUGUCGUAAUAUUUCUUAUACUGUACAGGUACUGUUAUCCAAAAGUGGACGCGGUAACUAUAAUAUAUUAGUUAAAAAGUCAAGUCAAAGUAUAACUUACCUACUGUUUUUGAUAAUAGAACGUUAGAGAAUGACUUAGAGUCUAUCGUGCAGUUUACAUAGUUAUUUCAUUCGGUGAAUAGUUUCAACUCUACUUGGUUAUUUUGUUGACAUUUCAGUUAUAUCCGAAUAUCGUUUUUAUCGGAAUUUUUAUAAAUUAAUAUGCACACGUGACAAGACGAGCGUGCUAUACUUAUACCGGGGGAUAUCCGCGCGAGUCUUGUUUACGGUAAGUCUAUAAAAGUAUAAAUAUUUAUAAGAACAAUAUUAAAAAAAUAAAGUAACUUGAGUACCUAGAUAACUAAUAUUUGUUGUGAAUUAUACGAUAUGUCUCGACUAAGUGUAUAUAUUACAUUCCAGGCCUAGGCACUUAAUAGAAUACCGAAAAUGGACAGAAAAAUUGUAAAAUAUAAUACAUCGUCUAUUUAUUCUAUAGAAUACCGAAACUCGAUUAGGUAAUGUUCAAAACAUAUCGAAUUUAAAUUUUCAUAGUACGGCUUUAUCGCAAUGAUAACUUGAAACCAGAUACGAUUACGAGAUAUAUUUUGAAAGUUUGAUUAUAAUAUUUAUGUUUGUGUUUAUAGAUAAUUCCUAGGUUUUGACGAUUUAGAUAACAUAGCAACGGUCUAAUUCUGGAACCUGAGUAUACUACUCUUACUACACUUUUUUAAAAACAACUCUGAGUGUUGGAUUUCGGAAAUUUUAAUUUACUUUUUUUGUUUACAUAAUAUUUUUCUCUAUGAGCAGUAUAAAAAAACCGAAUGAAGUAUACGAAACAUCCCGUGUAAGACGAGAACAUCACUGCAGUUAUAAUACACCUAAUACACGACUACACUUGCUGGAAACGCUCGCGAUUUCGUUUUUUUUUUUUUCAAUUGACGUGAUAUUGUUUCGUCGUAUUUAUAAUACAUAAUGAAAUCGUAACGAAAAAAAAAAACCCCUAUUCGUGUUUUGCCGUUUAGCAGCUGGGUAAAUAUAUUGAAUAAUAUUCGAAAUCUAGACGUGAAAACCGUCUGCCGAGCACUUGCGCCCCGCGCCACAUGUUCUCGAUUUCAGUCCCCGAAAUAAACGGACGACAACGCUGUAAAACCGUCGUCGUCGUCGUCGGUCCGUUUGGAUUUACAGCGAUUUCCUCCCGUCUCGUCUCCGGAUAUCUACAGCAAGUACGCGUGCGAUUCCGGUGCUUUACCGGCACUGAUAACAACAAUAUAACGGCCGUACAACAGUAUACAUUAUACACUAUCGUUUACCGUUUUUUAUUAUUAUUAUUUUUUUUUCCUUUCUUUUUUCGCUCGCCGGCGGCCAAUUACCAUUGUCCAUUCAUCGUGUCGACUGAUGACCUUCGCGGCGGCCAUUUUCUCCGGACGCGCGCGUAAACUGCAGCGGCGCCGAACAGGUGCAUGUAAUCUUGUGGGCAUGGGCUCCUUUGGCGAGUGCGCACGCACGAUUCUUGGUACUAUACGAAAUGCGUAAUAAUAUUAUAAUAAUAUCGUAUAGUGAAUUCGAAUAUUUCUCGCCGAUCCGCCUCCCCCGUGCGUAAGUAUUAUUAUUAUUCGACCGUUUUUUUUUUCUUUCAUUGUGUUCGCGGUCGAUCUCGGCUCUUCGCGCGUAUCAUGAGACCGCCUCUCCCCCGGUCGUAUACACGCUGUACAGGGCGAUUCUUUAAUCCGCCGCGAUCCAUAGCGAUGGAUUUCAAGUGGAUUCUAUUUCGGGUCUCUCUGACGGAAACGCAAUACAUUCUCAAAACCGUUCGCUUAUUCAGCAGCCAUCACGCAACGUGUUAAUUUUCGGUUUACUAAUUUCGACCCCUCCCUUAAAUGCCUUAAACGCAGAUUCGAAAUUUUUAUCGGCAGUACAGCGCAUUACGAAGACGGGUAAUGUACACUCGAACACGGGGUUUAUCGUCUCCUCUACAAUAAUAAUGGUCCGGUCUAAAUUUCAAACGUUUACAACUCGUGAACGGCAUAAUAAUACUAUGAACUCGAGUGAAAAAAAAAAAAUCAUUCUCUAUUUCGAUCGUUAGUAAGCCAGUGUUGUUAACGUUUCUUUUAAAGAGAAAUUCGUUCCCGUUACUCAUUCCUUACUUAAACGUUUCAUAAUGAAUACCUAACGCAGUCCGAAAUAAUUUUUUAUAUUCUUAAUAUUUGAAAAUGUCAUCAAAUGUCCGAAAGAGUCUCGUCUAUUAGAUUCAAAACUUAAUAAGCGAAAUUUGUCUUCCCGGAUGUGUUUUAGAACUACAUUCCGGAGGAGAACAAAAGAAUUGCGCAAUAUUUACGUUCCUAAAAAUAAGGAAUUGAUUCGCGUUCACGAUCCAUUAAAAAAUAAUGGAAUUCCUUCCUUCAUUCGUUUCUCUAAAAACGAAUCAAUUCCAGGAAUCGCUCCUAUGGGAACAACGCUCGCAACACUUAACAACAAACCGUAACACGCCCGUUUAUAAGAUAUAUGGUAUAUCGUAAAAGACGACGAAAUCGCCCUGUAUAUCUGUGCGCUCGACAACUAUGCCUAUAAUAAUACUAUGCGCGACCGCGUCUGCGGGGGCGGGCGAUCGCGCCGGGUAGCGCCGCCGCCGGACGCCGGUUACCACCGUACCGGUUACGCGGUCGUAAACAUUCCGCAUUCGCUUCGGGGCCGCCGUGCGCGAUGCGAGUGCGCGCGCGCGCCCAACCAGACGAUAUUUCACCGCGAAAAAUCAUAUUUUUUCCCUUUGACGAAACCCGAGACGCCCGACGACGCGGUCCGCCCGCCGGGUAUUCCCCCGUCGUCCGUCCGCGACGGCGUUGCCGGACUUCCAAGGAUGACCGCAUUCUCUUUCGCGCCCCCGGCUUACCGCGGCGCGGCUCUGUGGACUUGAACGGCCGUCGUGAAAAUAUAACAGUUGAAAAGGUGUACGCGGCCGGCGACGGCCAAAAGCGAGGCAAAUGGCAUCCGGGGGGGGGGUAUUAUUGUUGUUAGUAUUGUCGGCCGUUUAUUGCGGUAUUCCGUAAUAAAAUAACGUGGAAAUAAAACGGGCGACCGGUUUUCUGGCGCGGUGAUAUAUCAUUGCGCGGCGGACGAACGGACAAACAAUACAAUAUAACAUACAGGGCGAUUCGUUUAACGUGAAAACUCUCGUUAUUUCGUAAAGCGUCGAAAAAAAUAAUAAAAAUCCUCUUUGACAAAUUAAGAAACGAGCGGUUCUUUCCGUAUUUUUUUUCCCCGCCAUUAUUUUUGUGGGUGAAACCCUACGUUUGGUUUUCAAACGACACCGCCUUUAUUAUGUUAAACCAGUGGCGUCAUUUCGAGCGUCAAGGGAGGCAUUUUGCCCCCUCGUCAUCUGCAGCAGGUUGGUGCUGGGAUAGUUUUUGGCCGCAAUCCUGCAAACAUGAUUCGUGUCGUGUCAUUGUGUUUUCUGAUUUAUGGCGUUUACGGCCCACUGUUAGCUACAGUUUUUUUAUCAAGUGGUUUGUUUACAAACAAACCACGAAUGAAUUAGCGAGUGGUUUUUUUUCAGUUUAACUGCGUGCCAGUCAAAACUUUUUUCCCCUUCCUCUCAAAAACAGAAGUUACAAAAAUACAGAGUGUAAAAUAUUCUUUAAAUACUCUUUAUUAAAUACGUUUUAGCGUUGUAACGUUCGAUUUCCGUCUAUCCGUUGACGGAAACCAACAAUUUCUACGCCAACAUGUGUUUAAACCAGAGUACUCACAUAGGUGAAUUUACUAUCCGCGUUCACGUGUUUCUGUGAAUAUGCGUUAAAAAAUGACGUGAAAUACGUGCAUUUUUCAAGUACACGGUUUAAUAGAUUCGAAUGUCAAUUUCACGUGAAAUAGCGAGCUCUAGUUUAAACGUAAUAUAGACCGUUUCAUUCCGUUAUGGAAUUUUAGAUUCGUGUCGUUAAAUGAAAAAGUAGACGAUCGAUUUGCCCCCCAAAAAGUGGGGACAAUUUCAGAAUAUAUAAUACGAUUCUAAAAACGUUUUUAUACGAGUCAUUUUUACGAAAAAAUAAAAUAUGUUAAAUCCGUGAGUUUUGAAAGACUCUGUACACACUUGUACUACAAUAUUAUUAUGCGAUAGACCACCUCUAUAUAGUUAUUAACGGCGACGUUCUGUUUUGUGCGUGUGUCGCGUUUCCAAGAACAAUAAUCGUAAAAAAAAAAAAAAAAAACGAAAUGGCCAUUUUUUACGAAUAAAUUUUAACGCGUUUUUAUAGUUUGUACAGCGAAUCAAACCGCACGCGCGUUACCGUGUCGUAAAAAAAAAGAAGAGAGAAUCUCGUAAAAAAAAAAUAAAUUAUACGGCGUGUGUAACAGUAAUCCCUUAAAACCCGUCGAGUCGCAGUGGAAUUUUAUUAAAACCGCCUUUUAAAUGAUGCGCCUUGUAAUAAUUUCAUACUCCUAUAGAGUCGUGGUGGUUUAAUGUAAAAACCACAAUAUUUUAAGUAUUUCUGAGUUUUGAAAAUGUGUUUUUCAAGUUUUUUAUAACACAGUACUUUGAUAGGACAUUAAAAUGAAAAAAAAAACCAAAAAAAAUAAAAAUAAAUAAGGUUUUAAAUUUUUUUUUUUUUUUUAAUUUACUCAAGAGGUUCAGAUUAUUCGCAAAGCCGUUUAUACUUCGGUAUCGAUACCGGAGUGUGUUCGCGUGAAAUUAACGGUCGAAUCUAUAAAACCGCGCGUUUAAAAAAAUCCAUGUACGUGCGUACAUUCGGGUGUUCGCGUAAUUCACGUCAUUUCUCACGUAUAACACGCGAAUGCGCGAAUAACACUCGAUAACACGUGAACACGGAUAGUGUAAAUUAACGUGUAUUAUAAUAGUUUACGCGUAUUUUAUACAUGUUUUUCAUUCAAGUGCACUCCACGUUGAUAUACGUAUUUGUUAACGUUUUCUCCCUCUACGGUACCCAGAAAUACCGGCCUCAUAUUAUAUUGUUACAAUUAGUUCGGUAUGGUUCUUUUGAUCCGUAAUUUGUAAUAUUAAACCGCAGUUGAUGUUUUUUGUUGAAUUUUCCGCAGAAAAUUUAGAGAGACUAUUGCCCAGUGCAUGUGUGCCCGUGUCGCAUCUCUGGUGCCGGGGAAGAAUAACGGCUCGAGUCCAUUUUUCGACGUUUUUUUGUUUUUCUAUAAUUUUUUCUUAUAUGUAAUUUUGUUUCCCUUUAUUUUUCGAUCCGAAUGGUCCCGUGGGUCAAGUUAUGGCUACGCGAGAUAAAAACAAAAUUAACACACUGUAACGCAACCAGUUUGAUCCCGAUCUAUACAACAGUGACCUACCCAUUAGUAUGUCCGGUUUUUUUGGUUUUUUUUUUCUUCUUAAUUUUGUUUAACAAUACAAAUCGAUUAGUGAGAAUCUGUAAUAUCCGACGGCGAUUCUGAUAAGGAAACACUCGUGAUAAAAAAAAAAUAAAACUUCUCACGCCUCGGUCGUAUCGAGAAUAAUUCUUGAUCUUAUUUGAUUUUUUUUUUGGUCUAAAACAAACAUCGCUUCGAUUGUAUAUUAUUGCCGCGCCGGCGCGCUGUUUUGUUUCCUUAUUAGGUCGUGUUGUGUAUAUUUGUACUCGUGUAUUAAUUAUUGAAGUCGCCUGUUAAGCAACGAGACGAAUAAAAAAUAAGUUUUUCGAACAUACAAGAAAUAUCGUUCGUACGUUCGGUUUACGGAUACCAUAGACAUUUUAAAAUUUUUUUUAAAAAAUGGUGAUUUAUAGACGCAUAGGUUAUCGCGUAUUCUUAUACGUACGAAAUUUAGAUAUUGCAGUACAUUAUAGUGUAAGUACAUGCGCACGCACAUACGUUAUUUUUUAACUUUUUUCCGGAAUACGCGCAUCGUAUCGUAUUGUUAAUCGUUUUCGCUCAGUAUCCGUGUACGGUGAUGAUGUCUGAUGGGUUUUGGACUUUUAAUUAUGGUCUGAAAUAUAUUAUACACCAGUACGUCAGCCAAUAACAGCUCUCGUCGUAGAGACGAACGGAUAUAAACCGCGUAAAAGCGUGUACGUGUGUCUAUACGCCGCAGUGAAUCAUAUUCUCGGUCGAAAAAAAAACAAAACAAAACGAACAAACAUUAAAAAAAAAAAAAAACCCGCGACGUACCUAUUUCACGAAACGGUACGAGCAAUGCGCACGUCGAGCUCGUGUUUUAGCGAUUCUACUAUAGCGACGUCGAGCGCUUUGGUAUUUUAACAGUUUUUUUUCGAGAUGCGUUCGGAAUUAUUAUUAUUAUCAUACUCAGUGUAUACAGUAACGCGAAACAAUAUUCGUUUUAUUUACAUUGAAAAUGCAAUUUCAUUAAUAAUAUUUAUGAUUCUUUAAACAUAACACGAAAUAUGUUAAUUAUUCGAUAGGUACCUAUAUACUAUCUUAUUGUCCCCGACUCGUGGCCGGAAUAGGGAGCGCACAAUCAACUUCCAGAGUUCUUAAUGAACAAGCUAACUGAUAUUAGUACAGAGAACGAAGUUAUUGCUUAAGAAUAUAAUCGUUUAAAAACCGUAUAAUUGUCGCGAUAGCCAACCGCCGCCGUCGGUGACUGGCUGCAGUGACGACGUCGGUAUUUUUUUUUUACACCAAAAUAUAAUGUUCUGUCCGCACGAAUCGUAUACUAUAAUACGAUACUCGCUUGUCUUUCGUUUUUUUUUUCCGAUCAGGUGAGUCUUCUCGCUCUAAAAACUCUUUGUCUGUAUUAUAUACGCGUAAAUGACGUCGCGGCCGUCGUCCGUGCUUGUUUGUCGGCUUUUGAACCUCGAGGUUUUCGAUCGUCUUUCCGCCGCUUCCGGUUUCGUUUCGUUAUUGUACUCGUCGUAUUAUAUAAUUUGUCGAGUAUCUGCUGCUCUUCGUUCAUCGGGUCUGAAGGAGUCGUCGUCGCCGCUUCCGUUUCCGAAACGAUCCCCGCGAGACAAACACAAGCCACAACAGCUGUAACCAAACACCCGUAGUGUCUUCCUGUUUGCAGCGCCGGGGCCGUCCCCAGAAAGAAACCAAAACUCAUUGUGAGACCCGCAAUUUAAUUAUUAUUACAAUAUAAGAGACUGGAAAAUAACAACCCUCAUUUUUCAAGCGCCCCAUCAACCGGAAAAAAACCACACACACACACGUAAAAAAAAUAUAAUUUUUACCGGUCUAAUUAUUUUGCGAGACUAUAUUCUACGGAUACGGAAAUAGCGAAUCUAGCCGUAAAAAUAUCCUCAACGAACAAUUUCGGUCGUUUGAUGAGUGUACUCUAUUGUCGAGUACUUUCGGCUUACAUAAUUAACGCCGUUGUCCAGGAGAAAUCGGACUAAGAGUUCGGCCGAGUAAAGUGUCCCGAAAAAUGUGCGCGCGACGGUUUAUUUCGUUCAAAACGGUCGGCGAAUUUUAUCUUUAGAAAUUAGUUUUUAUUGAUUUUAUUUUUUUCAAGAAUUACGGCCUUUGGUUAAUAUUACACGUGGGUUUUAAAGAUUCGCGUCUCGCACUGUUGUUGCAUCUCAGAAGCCGUCGGCCGUUUCGUGUUUUUCUAUACUGCAUAAUAUUAUACAGUAUGUUAAUAAUAUACAUAAUUAUAAUAAAUUCUCUCCGCACACGGUUCAACACGUAAAAUUCGUCCGGCACUCGGUAAUUCAAAACUCGAUCAUCAAAACGUUAUAAUAAUAUUAGUAUAUGUGCGUUUUAUAAUGCAAUCGAGCAGCUCGUUAUUGUUUCAAACCGUAAUCGUCGUGUCAGCGAAAUUCGAUUUCUUUGAAACAUGACUAUAUUUUUAUACGAGUAUGUUAUAAUAUUAUUGUUAUAACAAUUCUAAAUCUAUACGAGAACAAUGCGCAAUACAAACAUAAAAUGUCUAUAAUUAUAGUCGUACAUUAUCGAAUGGAAUGUUAAUAAUUUCGUCGAUUAAAAUCGCGUUAUAUUAUAAUUGAGUAUUAACGUGAACGGACACAUAGUGAUUUUUCUAAUUUUCGUAGCGAUUUCCGGAGAUUUUAUAUAGGAAAAUCGAAUUCGGCUUUAUCCAGUCGUUGUAUACACACAGAAUCGUUUCGGCGAUGUUAUUCACUCGAUUUUCAUAACCCGCACAGCCCUGUACGUAAGAGGAAUAUUUUUCUAAAAAUAUCGAUAACUCUAUAAAAAUGGAUUCGCCGUUUUACGAGUUUCAACAUUUAGUAGUCUAAAAUUUGGACAGGACGAAUUAUAUGGGGAAGGGUUACCGUCUAAAAAUGGAAAUCAAGUUUAUUAUUCCCUUCUCGAUUCCUCCGGUCUAAAUUUAAACUGUGUUUAUGAGCAUCAACAUUUUUUUUUAGAAAAAUUAUCGUUUCUUUCGAAUGUUUGCAGGGUUACCGUUUGAAAAUUAAAAGUAAGAGUCGCGGAGCAUUACAUUUGACAACAGCGUUAAAAAUAUCGAUUGAAAAAUCCACAUCGAUUUAUUGUUGUAUACUCGCGAAGGCUCCGUAUAGAUAAUCGCAGGACGGUUAUUUUUUUUUAAAUAAUAUUCAGUAAUUACUAUGUAUAUUUGACAUUCAAACUGCAAUAUACGCUUAAAAACAUUAUAUUUAUCGAUGAUCGCACAGUUUAUAGAAAUUUGUAGGUAUUCAAAAAACGAUUAAAACUUAUUGGAAUAUUUCGAUAUUGACAAAAAAAAAAAUAACUGACAAAAUUUAAUACAAUUUCAACGCGCCUAUACGAUUGAUAAUUUAGUGAUUUGACUAGAACGUUACGACUGUAUUCAAUUGACUGCGAUUCGUGAUGCGUCACCCGCAGUGACAUAUUGAUAAAGUCGAUAACCAUUAAAAUAUAUACAUAUAAUGGUAUAUUUCAUAAUCAAUGGCCAUACCAAACAAUUACCGUACGAAUUAUUUCGUAUUUUCAUAAACAUAUGUGUUGGACAUAACUAACAAAAGUGCAAAUAUAAUUUGUGGUGUAAAUGUAAAUUUACUCAAUUAAAAAUAAAAAACAAAUUUUUUGCGUAAUUUAAGGUGUCGUCUUUUCAAAAAAAAAAAUCUUUUAUUACCGGUUGUAAAUACAGUCGCAGCACUGUGUUCGGCGGUGACGGAGGGUGUUAUAAUUUCGAUUUUCUAUUGCAGGGACGAAACGAAUAUUUUGCUUCCGGACGCUUUGACGUGUAGCUGCAGCUAUAUACUACUGCGCCACUGACCGAAUUAUCCGAAAUUCCAGGGGAAAUGUUUAACGGUGCACGACCACGUCGUGUUUUUCGCUGGUAAAAACGAAAAGAGUGCGCAACCGUAUCCAGUGGCGGUCAAUUAACGGUUUCGUCAUGGGGGGAUGGAGGAGAAUAAGGAUAAUUUGUGAAAACUAAUUAUUAUUUACGUGAUUUUUUUUUUUUUUUUAGAAAUAUUUUAGAAAAACGGUGUAAUUGGCGGGUGAAUGGUGAAUGUAUAAAUUUAUAUCUCUCCCUCGUGUCCCGGUCGUAUUGCACCGAAAACGUUCAGUCGCGGACGUUCGAAGUGAACUUAUUGUAAAUCACUGAUCGCGGACCGUAUGACACGCGCGAAUGUAAUGUCGAUUUAUAAACAUUGUAUAAACCGUAAGCUCGUAGACAUUUUCCGUGUGUUAUUUUUUUGUGUAGGGUAGUGGCGUAUUUAUUAUUAUUAUUUUUUUUUUUGCGUUAUCGUUAAGCAAACGUUUCCGAUUGAAAACACAGCCGCCGCCGCCGCCGCUGUUUACGUACUCGUUUAAAAAAUAUCCCGUAUCGAUAAAGCAAAUCGAACGCGGUUUGUUUACGUCGUACGGGAAAAUAUAUUGUUAUUAUUACUGUCAGUUCUUUGCCGACGGAAUGAACGCGGUUGGUUAUCGUGUUUGUUAUGUCUCUCGAUUGUUCGGGUGUUAUGGCGGCUAGGUGGUAUACCUAACCGAAUACUAUAUCGGGCAUAACACAGCCCGAACGGAGAUUCGAAAUCGUAACCGUCAAACUUCAUCAUAUUGUUGUUACGCCGAGUAUAAGCGCGUAUCGGGCAAGUCGUUCGCGGGGGGUAGGGAGAAACCUAUAAAUACGAAUACUUUUUUUAUUUGUUCAUCUACGUCGAAAUGUACUCGCGAUCGAUACGACGUCGCAAAUAGGAUUUGGAAAAGCUAUAACGAAACCGACGACGGUUAAAGUAUCGACAAUACGUUUCUACUCGGAAACCGUAAGCAAAUAUAUAAAAAAAAAAAACUAAAACUAAAACGUGACGUCAAAUUAUCGUUAAUUGUUGUUUAAACUGGGCGAUGUAUCAAUCGAACGGCGUAAUCGAGAAGCUAUUAUAUAAUUGUGUGUACGUACGCGGGAAUAAAAAAAAAAAAAAAAACGUAAACGCAAACGUUACGAAUUCCUAGCCCUAAAUGCGUUUUUUUUGACACGAAAUCGUAUACGAUUCGUGAUAAAAAAAAAAAAAAUCACAUUGUCUCGAAAUUCACAUUGUACAUAUAUAUAUAAAAAAAAAAACCUAAAUACAUUAAUUUUUUCACGUUGUUUUUUAGAUUCCGUGUAUCGCGCAUUGUACGCACCGUGAUUUACGUGAUAUUGUGAUUCGCCCUCUGUUCUUAAUAGACGCCUGAACGGUAUGUCCUCGCGAGGAGAUCCUCGCCGCUCACAAAUAUAACUCCCGUACAACAGAUACCGUAGGACCGUUAUUUUGUAUUUUGUCGUUUUACCAAAUCGUACAAGUUUCCAUCCGCCGUCGUCUGAGUAUCAAUUGUUAAAACUAAUUGUUUUUUUUUUCACAAAGUUUCGGUGUAAAUAAAAAAAAUGUACGUGCCCGUAAUGCCGGUGUUAUUUCGCGGACUUUCCGGAUCGGUUUCGUCGCGUGUCGCGUCGAAACCGCAAAGUGGACGGGGGUUGUCGCGUGCCCGCCCCUACCCGGCUACAGUUUCGACCGUCGCCGCACGCGGCCGUGUAAUAUUAUAACAAUCGUUCUCGCGCAGGGAAUAAUUGUUUUGUUUUCAAUAAUUUCGGAAUACCUGUUCGAAGUAAUUAGGGGGGUAAAAAACGUUUAGAACACGCGCGUGCAGUCGAACGAGUUUCAAACAAUACAAUCUUCAGAAUAUAAUAAUAACAUAGUCGAACAUUUCGUAUACAUGUCGAAUAUUUUUGUUUUUCAGCCAAUUCACGUCAGUUAUCCCGAGCGACAGUUCCGGAAUUGACGUUUUGAGGUUCGACAUUUUUUAUUAAGCCGACGAAUAAUAUUAUAACCGAUUACUGGAGACCGGAUUUAUAUUCGCUUAAAAUCCGCAAAAAAAUACUCGAAAAUGGCAAAAAAGCCUUGAAAAACUCCUCAUCGUUUUAAAAUGUUUUUUAAGUAAUUUAAGUUACUCAUUUCAGGGACUUUUCGACGUUUUAAAACGCCUUUUUUGUGGAUUAUAAGAGAACUAUGAAAUUAUAAUUAUAACCGUCAUAGUCGGUCGUUAACGGGCCGGUUCUUAAAGUUCGGAAAACCCGCUAAAACCGCGUGAAUUGCGUGAAUACGACGUUCGUUUGUAUCGCGAAGCCUUUGAAAAUCCUACACGAUUCGAGAUUUAGAUUACGGGCGCGGGACAGCGGCAGUUAUCGGUAUCGGAAGAUGAGCGGAGUUUUUUUUUUUUUUAUUUAUUUUUUCGUAGCGGAUAUAAACGUCCGGAGCGAGUACCCGUACGUUCGUAUACUAUUUUACUCCGCGCGCGGGUAUACGCAGACCGCGGUUGCCGUCGUCGUCGUCGUCGUUUUAUUCACACGGUCGUUUUUCGAGACUGUCGAACGUACGCACGUCGCAGCGUCUCCCGCGGGUGUCCGCGAGCGGGGGGUUUUUUUUUUUUCGGGGGAAAAUCUUUUGUCGACGAGUGAGAGAAAGAGGAACUGGUUUGUCCGCGCGCGCGACUCGUCCGUAUUGUCCGCGCGCGCGGCGACGCUAUAAAUAAAAAUAAUGAAAUACGCGACGGCGAGGACUACGCGCGCGCACGGAUCGCGGGCCGCUUAGCCGCCGCCGCCGCCGCGUCCGGAUAGAUCCGGCGGCGGCGUCGGUGACUGCGGUGACCGCGGCGAAGAGCGACGGCGGCGGGCUCUGCGUCUGUUUACCUUGAGAAUUUCUACUCGCGCGCGGCGGGGCCAUUGUGCGCGUAGGCGUCGUCGGACGGAAAUUCUUCGGACGGACCCGCAGCCGACCGAUCUCCGCCAGCGGACGACUCGCCGGCAUUGUACAGUACUUUGUGUUGUGCGGCGGCCGAUUCCGAAUUCUAACCGGCCCGGGAGAAUUUCGUUUUAUACUUAUUUGUUCUAUUUUAUUGAAUGGAACAGGCCGAGGCCCGGAGUACGGUAUUUUUCGUUCGUAUCGUUUUGAGUACCGAUUAUUCGUUUUACAUAAUAUCUGCAGCGGGCGCUACACAUUCAACCACGACCUUAUCAUGGUUUGCCGGGCAAUCGUAUAACAAUAUUAUCUCAGAUCGUGAUCGUUUCUCUGCUCAUGAUCUGCAAAGAUACGUCUGCGCGCAAUACGUCAUAUAGGCAAUAAACACGAUUUUUAUUGAAAAAUAAUAUUUUUGAAAAUAAAAAAAAGAACGAUUUUUAUGUAUACCAAGGUAAAAUCGGUUUUACGACCACAGGGUCAUAGAGUCAUGUCCGGGCUCCGGUCCGCCGGGAAGCUUCCCGGCCACCCGGUGGCACAAUCCGCCAUUGAUGUGAUUUACGGUUCGCGCAAUAUAAUAUAAUUAUUGUCGUCGGCGGUUUUUUUUUUUUUUUUUUUUUUUUUUUUUUUUAUACCACGGUUUUAAAGCCGGAUAGCCACACACUAGAGCAACGUGUAUAGCAACUUUUUCAGUUGCAACAUACGUGUGCCUCCAUAUCGGAGGCUUGUUCUCCAAAAACCAAAAACUCCCGUUCUGACGGGUUAUAGUGCAUUAAGCCCGGGAAGCGGCUCGGGCGAGACGGAAUAAUCGAACCCGCUUCGAGAAGUUCACCGUCGGACGAUUAUUCUCCCGUCGCCGAUUUUCAAUGGAAAAUAUUGGAGAUGUUACGAACCCUGUUUUUUAAGGUCGAACCGAACUUUCCUCAAGAUUAACGAACCCGAACCGAACCGAACCUUUAUAAUAUUUUAUCGAACUCGUACGCUAAAAAAGUAAAAAUGUUGGGUUAGGUUAUGUCGAAAAACCCGGGUUCUCAUUGUGCUCGGCCCGCGAUUUACGACUGCGAGAUCCUCUAAUGCGAAAAAUAAUGAUUUUUUCUUGUUCGUAACAUCGCCGCUCUGUCCCAUCACAGAACAUCGUAUUGGCGGCCGCGUAGAAUCGGCGUCGAACGGUUUUCGAACCGAACCAAAUACCCAAUGACAGUUCGGUUCGGCUCGGUUCGGAAAUCGAACGGUUCAUCGCGUCUCUAGGAAAUGCGUGCGCGCGUGGAGAUUAGACGCGUCGAUAAUCGCGCGGCUCGCGAGUCACACGUACCCGAGAGUUCGAGCGAUCGUAUUGUCCUCUGGAAAUCAUCAUCGUUAUUAUUUAUUAUUAUAAAAUUAUUCGUCGGGGGAAACGGGAGAGAGAGAGAGAGAGAGAGAGAGCGUGGGAGAGAGAUGCGAACGACUACGCGCGGCUCGCGUGGCGUAUUCCCGUAAACGUUUUAUCGCACUUCCUGUGAGCCGCCGCGUUAUUGUUUCUCUUUUGAAGACGGCCGACGACGACGCGCGUAGGUAUACGGACGGGACAAAAAAUACCGGACUGUAUACUAUACUGUCGCAUACUGUAUAAUAUUAUCAUUAUACCUACGUUUUGUUUUUUUAUUAUUUUUUUUUUUUUCAUCUAAUAACUUUUACGUUAAGAACACGCGAAUCGCGGCUACACAGACGUGCGAAUUCGUGCUAAUCGCGCGCGCGAUAAUUUCCGCGAAAAACGGAAAAAAAAAUGCUCAAAAGGUCAGACGAUAGUUAGACGUGUGAAACGCGCGAUUCCGUAAAACCGCUUUUUAACCGGCGGGAAAACUUCAGAACCGGUCGUGUGUAAAUUUCAUAUACUAACUGCAGCAUUCGUGCAACUAUUGCAGACGUCGGAAAUUGUACGAAAAGUCAAAUUUGAACAACGAACAGUGAGAGGGUGAGUUGCGCGGUGAAACGUUUCUACGGCCCCCUCCCGUGGUUUUUCUGCUGUUAAAAUUCCCAAACCGAAAGCACGGCGACACGCGUUUUUGCGUUUAUUAUUAUCGACGGAAAUAAUGACCCGAAACGCCGUUUGUUUGAAAAUUGACAAAUUUAAAACGAUCGAAAUGCCGUUAUGUAUUGAAACACGCGUUAUUCGAUCAUCCGAUUACCUUGGGAAAAUUUGCGACUACCUCUACGGUCCGGUAAAACAAAACCAAAAUACUUGCGACCCAUUGAACGAUGCGUGUUUAGCACACGAUAACUCCGCUAAUCUUGAAUUACAAAUGUAUACAAAAAAACGGUUUGCUUUGUAAUUAACAUGCCCCCUCCCUCAUCUCGGAAAAUGUUAAAACCGGUAACAAAUUGUUUUUGUCGAGCCUCGAGGAGCACGACGCACAGUCUGGACGAAUAUCAACUCACCCUCUCGUAUAACAGACCCGUUGUUACUUUUCUUUUAACAAGUCUUGUGAUUUUUUAUCCACGUAGAUAAUAGUCUUUAAAUGCAUGUUUGGAGAUCGGAUUCCUGCAAUUAGUCCCUCCCCUGAAAAUCACCUUAUGGCCGCCCGUAAUGCGUGUAAAAAAAAAAUACAAUAAAAAACGAAAACAUAUUAAUUUUUCAAGAUUUUGUUUUAGUGACAAUAAUCGUUAGAGGCCCCUUGCUUGCGUGCUAUAAAUGCUUCUGAAAUACCUACUGCAUAGGAUUGAAGUUCCGUGCGUCUUUUGACGUUAUAUGGCGUAAUGUUUACGAAAUAAAAAAACAACAAUAUACUUUGACGGAAAACCUCGAACGCGCCUCCACCUCUACGAUCAUGCCAUUUUAUUGAACAGUAUUCUCUGUACAGCGAAAUGCCACACAAUAGUACGCGAUUUUUAACGAUACAGUCGCCUUAAAUUAUUAUCGACUCCGGUGAAAUUUCUCCUCCGACCGGUCGGACAAUGGAUGUCUGAUGAGCGCGGGUGGUUGCUGCGAUUUUCAAGGGGGGGGGUUUUUCACGGCGGUCGCGAUUUUCGCGUUUACACCAGAUUUCGGGGACACGAGUUAUUGACCAUGUGUGGGGUAGCGGCUGGGGAAUCACAAGCAAUUUUUUACAAUAUUGUCGAUAAAUAAAGGAAAAAAGUCGUAGAAUUUUUUUUUCCAAUUUAUAGGGCGGAGGGAGGGUCGUUUCGCGCCCGUGAAAUUUUCGGAAAUCUACAAAUCGGGCGCAGAAUCUAAGAGGUUGGGAACCACUGGUAUAUAUUAUAUAGGAAUCGCGCGUUGUCGUUUUACAUUAUUCAUAAUAUUAUAUACGACGUUCGUCGCCGAUUUCGAUUGGCGGUUUUCCGGUCGCGAAUUUCCCCGGAGUCGAUUUAAAACGUCACGGCGUAUACGUCGGGCGUAAUUUGUGUCGGAUCGUAUACGCUAUUUUUAUUGAAAGUUUCAACGUGUCAUCAGGGCCGGCUUGAGGGGACCCGGGAGAUGCUGUAUAGCCUCGUGCAACAAGACGAACAUCGCCACAAUGUUCGGUCUUUUUUUUUCCUCUAUUUUAUUUAUUUUUUGUUUUUUUUUUUUAGACUCCGAGUGUAUAGCUAUUAGUUUUUUUUUUUUACAAAUGUGCCGAUUGUUUUCCGACUGAAUCGUAUUGUAAACGAUGCGAAUUUUCCAUCCGCCGACACUUUAUUCGAUACAUCAUUUAUUCACAUUAUCGUAAAUCCACCUCGGUAGACAAUUAUUGUAGAUAUUCGUAUCGAAAAUCGCGGAAAGAACCUUCAUUACUCAAUCCAUCGGGGGGGUCGAAUUUUCAAAAAACCAUUCCUAGCGGACGCGCCUAUACGCGUCAUAAUAUUAUACGCGCCGAGUUUCAGACCGAUUCCCUUAUCGAAAAAUCGCGUGUAUAGAUAACGGCAAAAAAUUCGCCCUGUACAAUCGCCGUGAGUCGUCGGCACCGUAUGCGCACGCCGUAUGCACACGUACGGCACUCGUUAGUUUGCCGGCUUCUGAGAAAUCGUGCGCGUACAAUGACCAGAUCGGAUUUCGACCGUCUCGUCCGCCUCGUCCCGCCGCGUUUGUACGUUCGCUUGUCGUACGUUUUAAUUUACGAAAAAAAAAAAAACACCUCUUAUAAUAAUCUAUGAAAAACAUAAAUAAUGACAAUAAUAAACGGACGGAAUGCGAUGAUAAUAUCGUACGGCGGGGGACGCGUCGCUGGACCGUAGUAUAUGUUUGUGCGCCCGUGUACACACAAUAAUAAUCUAUACGCCCAGACCGACACCAUACGGACGCGUCGUAAUAACAGUAUAAUGUUUAUGGGCACAUUGUAAAGGCGAAAAAAAAAACCGACAAUAGUUUUAAAAUAUUCAAUUUUGCCAAAUAAAAUUUUUAUACUAUAACGCCUGUCGUAUACGAGUCUGCGCGCGCGCAUUUAAAACGCAUUGGUGUCGCAACAAGUUUGAGGAAAAUCGUUUUUUUUUUUUUUUAUUGUUGCGCGUAGUUUUUUUUCUUUUUUUUUCACGCAUUAUCUACUCCGAUAAUAUAAUACACGCGAAACAUGUUCAAUACGACACUUGUUGUUAUUAUCGUGUGUUAUAAUAUGGGUCGGCGGCGCAUACACUUUCUCUCGGGUCCCUGUCCGCGUAAUAAUAACAUAAUAAUAGGCACCUAUAGUUUUCCGUCCUAAAUAGAUUACGUCACAUCGGGGAGAAAAAAAAAUUCGUUUCCCCCCACCCCACCUCCCGCUGGUAUAACGGACGACAGUAUUGUCGAGUCUGCGUGCGCGCGCUCCUUUUUAGAUUCCGAGUGUACUGUUAUACGGCGAAGAAGCCGUCCGUUUCGCAGCAGCGAUGUGUUUUCUCUUCUUUCUCCCGGGUGCGGGUAACGCUUUUUCGGUUAGUAAAACCGUUUCGAUUUUAACAAGCAAUACCCUCAAAAGACGCGGAGUUCCCGAUACUUUAUUCGAAAUUUUCAACAGCCGUUCGCCAUUUUGGCAGGUGUUCCACGAUUUCUCGGAAAACACUUUUUUCGGUGCGUGAGUAGGCUCGAAACAAUUCGCUUCGUAUCUGAAAGGAUACAAGGAUUUUUCGUCCGGUAGUGUAUAUUGUAUUUGAACAAAAAAAAAAAAAAAAAACACGCAACAAAAAUGUCAAUGACGUCGAAGCGAACAAAAAACCACGACCAAUACUGCUAUUAAUAAAUAAUACUAUGUGUACUCUCCGCUCAGAAUAGCUCGAUUUAUCGUUUCGUACAAUUCCUGUAUCACACUGUAUAAUAUCAUACCUCCUUUUAUCGUCGGUAUUAUUUCCGUAGUCUUUCGAGAAUAAAUAGGGGGGGAAAGGGAACUAGGCGAUCGCGAGCGUACAGCGUUCGUACGAUAAUAAUAAUAUUCACGAUCUCGUAAUAAUUGGUCACGUAAACGACCCACGUUGGGACACUAGCUGCGCGGCCGCGCCGUACGAUAUUCGUUUGUCUUCUUCGAUCCGUACAGUGCAAACCGUGUACAAAAUACUGUAUCGGGUGUGUCCGAAUUGGUUGCCGUUUGGAAAAAAAAAACGUAUUUUAUGAAGGCUAGCCGGAUCGGUUCCCGUUUAAAUUUGCGACGUGUCCACUGCUGGCCGGAUCGGUGACGACGGUGUUCGCAGAGUAACUUGGUCGAAUGCGCGCAUUUCCCUUCCCGUUCUCACGGGCUGUCAACUUAGAAUAUUACUUAUGCUAUAGAAACAUUUCUGUUUUAUUAUAUUCGAUAUGUACAUCCGGACAGGGAUUGGCAGUAAUCAGUCAUACGCGUAUCAAAGUUACGGAACUCUGUUACCUUUGUAACUUGUAACUUGUAAUCAGUUACAAAAAUUAUCUUGUAUCGUUAUUUUGUACAACGCUAAUAUAUCGUGCCAAAUCAUUUAUUACUUGCUAUCUAUGUUAUCGAUAAUUAUAAGUGCUUAUAGCGCAUUAGCUUUAACUUGUAACUGUUGACCCAUUGUACAAAUAAAUUGAAUUUAUUUUAUAGACUGAAAACUAUAUUAUUGUUAUUUUUUUUAUAAAAAUGUAAUAAAUUACGUGCGACUUGUAACUUAAAAUGUAACUCGAUUACAGUGAAUGUAACUUUUAAUCGGUUACCCGAAAUUAGGGUAACAUGUAACUAGUAUCCAGUUACACUGUGUACCGUAAAUAUUGCCCGUCCCGGUAUUCGGAUGGAUUGAAGUCAUCGCGGCGUUUUGCCGUAAUAUGCGUAACAUUAUUUGUGAGCGUGAGCUCGUGAACCGAUUCGGAUACAUCCAUGUCGGCGCGGUGCUGCGACACAAUACCCCCCGCCGUAUAAUAAUAUAAUGGGGGUAAACGAUUGAUUUUUUUUUCUUUUCGUACGCGUUCACAUUAUCGUACCUGCGCGUUCUAUAUUAAAUAUUUUCGUUUAUUUCGUAUGACGUCGCAAAGCCAUCGAUAGUAAUAAUAUUGCGUUUCGGCGCGCGCAAACACAAUGCAAUAAUAGCACUUUGGAAACCGCGCGACAAUAAUUUAUAUGCCCGUGAAUAAGGGAAAAAUAUUCGGCACGAAAAUAACGAAAAAUCCUCGCGCGCGCGCGCGCGCGUGUGUGUAGAGUAUACCGUGUACAGGGGUGUGUAUACUCGUUAAUGGGGCGGACGAGGAGAGACUGCACAAUAAAAUACGAAACCGGCGUGGCGGAGAGGAGAAUGAGAAAUACUGCAACACCCGCGUCGCAUUUAUAAAACAACCCGAAACGCAUUGUGAACACACAGCGCAAUACAAAAUGUAUACGUAUACCUGUGCACCGUCACCUGCAGCGUUUAUCCGCAUUACGGACGAAAAUACUGUGCGCCGGCGCGUUUCAUUAUGGGAAUACGAUCGAAUAGCGUUCGUUUUUGGAUUCGUUGUUUCGGAAAUCGUACUGCCGUUGCCGGGAUUUCCACCUCCGAAUGAAUGGUUGACCCGGGAGACGGGCCGACGAAAAAAAAAAUGUCAUCAGCAAAAGAUACCGUGCCUAAAAUUUGACGUAUGCAAACCAUUGGUCUCGUUGCUGAUCGACAAACUAAUACGUAAUUAUAUAAAUAGUACUGAUUUUACGGCGACCCGGAGAGUAAUUCACUGAACGCGUAACCGGCAGUGUUACAACACUCGGUGUACACUGCGGCCUAACCUCGACGAUACCACCACACUUCACGAGUUCCCGCGGCGUUAUAAUAUUAUUACGAAGUGGAAAGCGCAAUUCAAAUUCGAUAAAAUUUAAAAGUACUUAUCAAUAAAAUAUCAUUUGCACGCAACACGUCGUAAUCCACGGUAUCCUCCUUUUUUUUUGUGUUAGUGUAGAUCAAAUUAUUCUCCACCGCGUCACGGCCGUACGUAAUUUGCGUUAUCUACGCCGCAUGAUGUUCGCGCGUUAUCUACGAUGGCAGGUGAUAUCAGGUAAAAACAGUGCACACCGCACUGGUGUACACGAGUGCAGUACCUACUGCAGUUCGGUGGAAAUCGCUACUAUUGAUAGUAAUAUUAAUACCUAUAAUACCCGUGUUAGACAUUUUACAUUUUUAGAAUUUGCUUUUGUUAUUUUUCAUAACAAUCAAAAUAGUUAUUGUUAUUUGUUGGCUUGUUGACACAAUUAUUGAAUGCGUAUUUCGAGACGAACCGCCAAAGUUCAGCGUGUUAUUCAACGGGUAAACUUGAACACUGAUAAAUUAAUAAUGUUAUCACUCUCGUAAGAUAAUGAGUAUAAUGUUUACAAUCGCCAUUACGUGAUAAGCACCGUUAUCGAUAUGGAAUCAAAACAGCCUAUAGGCAACAUGUAGAGUUGACAUUCGACUUUUCUCGGACGACACUGAGGCGUUUGACUAUAAAAUUGCUUAUGGAUCCGACAAUACAGAGUUAAAUAUACGAAGCCUACUAUUGCAACAACCGUUCGAUAACCUGGAAUUAUUUGAUUCCCGUAAUCCCGGAAAUAGUCUAUUAACAAUCGGAAUAAUCGGAAAAAAAUCAGACUGAAUAGGUUAUUUUAACUCUGUACAGAUAGUGGUGCUUAUCGUGCACUGGUAAAAAAUAUGGUGUAUUUGAAAAUCUCAUUUCUCGCCAGCCAGACACGGGGGCUUUGAGGGUACGAAACCCGAAUUUCUCAUAAUUUAUUAUCGAUAUUAACCGCGGUUCGAUCAGUCAGAAUAUAUUAUUAUUAUAUAAUACGAUCGAAUAUAAUUUCCGGGGAAAAAGAGUUUAAGUAGAUUUUUUAUUAUUUUGUCCAGUGUGAUUUUUUUCCUGUUAUUUUUAUUUUCGGUUCAAGUGUAUAUAAAUUUUUAAAACUGUACUCGCCUGCACGUACUGAAAACUAUAGAGAAUCGACUCACUACAGCUGUACUCUUCUAUCUAUUCUGAAUAUUGUCGAACGCGCACCCCGGGAACGAACAAUAAUUAUUCGUGACGAGAGCGAAAAGACGUAAAACGCGCCGGUCUAUUUCGUGUUUCGUAAAGUCAUGUUUAUUUUUUUUUCUCCCGCAGUCUAUUAGGUUAUAGUGUAUACUGUAUAUAUAGAGCACGUAACAUACAAAAGGGAAAAAAUACGACGCGACGAGACGCGUCCUUUCUCUAGUAUUUCUCAUGACGGAAAAAUUAAAGAACGAAAUAAAAAAAAAAAAAAAAAAAAAAAAAAAAAAACAUAAAAAAUAAUAAUAAUAAAAAACGUCCGACGGUUUUUAUUAUUUGUAUGCGUCGUUCUCAUAAUAAUAUUAUUGUUAAACGUGUGCGGAGGAUGCGAUAACACGUAUUAUUAUUUAUUACUGUUAUUAUACUGUCACUUUUUCUUACGAUUAUUAUACAAUUAUAGACAAAAAAAAAAAAAAAAAAAAACGAGGCAAGCACGUGGUGACAAAUUAAAUAAUAUUGCGCGAAACCGGUUUUACGUAUACGCAACCGUUAUACUCGUUCGAAUUUCGGUUGGGGCCGAGACGAAAAUAUGAUUAACGCGGGGGAAAAAAACGGUUCUCGCGAAUAAACCGAAUUCGACGGUUUCGCGACUAGAACUCGAAAAAUCGAUUUUUAAAAUUGUAUUUCUUUUUAAACUUUAUCCGACACGCCUACGAAGUUUUCGAUCGAACGGUUCGUAAGCGCAAUGAAACAAUUAUAAAUCCUCGUAAGAGUCGUACGUUUGGGUUUUAAACCUCGUAUUCUGCCGGAUUUCUAAAGAGCAAAAUAUCGGAAAACGUAUCCGUUUGAAAAUUAUAUCGGACAGAUGAAUAUUAUAUUCAAAUGUGUAGUAAAAAGUAAAAAGAUUAAAUUUAAUUAAAUCGUUAAGUCUACCGCAGUUUUUCGAUUCUAAAUCUAUUUACGUGGUUUUGUCGAAUCGAUCUAUACCGUUUCGACAAUCGUACGCGUUUACAUAUGGGCGCGUACCUACUGUAUUACAGUUUGGUACAUUAUCAUAAUAAUUAGUAUAAUUGUGUAUUGAGACCCGCCGUUUCCGGACGAAAUUCGGCAAUUUCGGGCAGGGUCCGUCCGGAAGUCCGAACCCGAAAAAUCCGGGCACGCCGCUCUGACGGUUUCGUCGUAUGGAACAAACCGUAUAGGUUUUAUGUGAUGAAAUAAAACAAACUGAACGCAAAUAAGUGAAAUAAUAACGUUUUAUUGUGUGAUUAUUUACUGACAAUCGGAAAAUGAACGUUUGGAAUAGAACUAAUCUUUUAGUGGUCUGAUCUCAGCCAGAUUUUCUGUAAUUUUCGGGCCCACUAAUCGGCGUCCGGCGAGUGAGCAGUUUUUCGCUGCUAUUAACAUACAUGUGACUUUUUUUUUUCAACUAGAAAACCAUGUUAAAACACGGUCGCUUUUUUCGGAAAGAUACAAUAUCGCGUUCGCCGAGAACAUCGCGGAUUAAAUUUAAGGGGAGGGGGGUCGUGGCGAUAAAUCCAUUCGUAAUAUUUGCUUAAAAUCCGCCCUGGUGACUAAGGGGACGGACGUCUAUAGAGCGAGACGCUGGAAAAUACAGUGGCGCAGCCGGGGGGAGGGCUGGAGGAUUGAAAGAAGGUUUUCUUUGCUGAAAAGGUUUAGGGAGGAGCACCACGUCACAAAAUAAAACUCAAUCGGUUAGUCGAAACACGACACAAAUGAAAACAGUACGAUUACUGUUUUCGCUUUAAAUGCUCUCAUAGAAAGACGUAGCAGCAUAUCGUUCCGAGACGCAUAUUAUUAUUACGCUCUUAAUUCAGUAUUGUUGUGUUUAGUUUUUUACGCAUUAUUUCCGUUUAAAAAAGCAUUACUUGUUAGAAAAAAAUUUGAAAAUAAGUCGUUUUGAUGUGUGGGGGAAUCGGAGACACAUGUCUACAGCCCCCCUCCCUUCACCUAGUUUUUGAUACCAAACUUAAUUAAAACGCAUGCACAUCCAUGUUAAUUAAUAUUUGCCAAAAAAAACGUUGAAAAAUUCAAUGUGGAGGGGGAGAGGGCUGGGGACAUGUACGCGCGACAUAUCGACAAAACCCAUUUUCCGAAUUUGUCGUUUGUCGGCGAGUCGUAACUUCCUCCCGUUACCCCCCCCCUCCUUAUAUUCGCCCGUGUCUCGUGCGAAACACGCGGAUGUUCAACCCGGAGGGGUUAAACCCCGGCUCCCCGUCCGAAAUCCCGGCUACGCCGCCGGACAAAUACGCGACAGCGUUAAUAACAAUAAUAACAAUUGGAUUAUUCGAAUUAAUCGAAUUGUUAUUGUCGUCGCCGCGUGCGUGCCCGGCGGGGCCGAUGAGGUGCCGCGCUCGCCGCAUAGCCGUCCGCCGUGAUGACCGAUCGCCGCGGCGUUUCUCGCGCUCCCGUCCGCCGCGCCUGCCCGCGCCCGCGCCCGCGAACACAUGGCGCGGUUCGAAAAUCGGCGCCCAGGUGACGGUCGCCGGCGACGAUAAUAACAUUAUAACGACACCGCCGUUAUUAUCGAUAAUACGCCCGUAAUGUGUACUGCACCUUUUCGCGGUGUUUUCGAUGGGGGGGGGGAGAGAAGGGAUACGAGAGAGCCCCUGUAGCCGCACGGCAUCGCGUACGUAGCACCGUUUCGGCCGCGGAGAACAAUAGCGCGUAACGAUCCGGGGGACGAGCCACUGUGGGGUUAUGGGGAGGAAAUGAAAUAAAAGAGAACGAAAAUAUGAUCCGACGGACGAUUUUUUUUAUUAGGGGAACGGCGGCGCGGACACUCGCGACGCGCUACACGCGCGGCGUAACGGUUAUACACGGGCGCGACGCCGAAUGGGCGGAUCGGCGACGGCAUGAUUCGUGACGCGAAUAAUAUCCUCGAGAGUUUGUUUUUAUUACGUUUUUUUCACCGCCUUUCGCCCCCUCCCCCCCCCCCCUCGCCACCGGUAUACAUCGUAUUCUCGGGAAGGAACACGUGUAACCGUCGAGCUGCCGUUCGUCCCGAUUCGGGCGGGACGUUACCGGUUUUGUCCGAACGAAGUCCCGCGCGUCUUCAAUAACGCCGAGCGCCCUAUACGUAUAUGUGAACCUGCCGCGCGCGGACUCCCGUGGGAAAUCCCACAUUGUGGACUUUUGUCGCACUCUCGCUCGGGCUUCCAUUCGUAUAGAGCGCGCGUAGGUACAACUGCGAUAAUUAUGCAGCACAUCUUAUUAGACUGGCGACACAAAACGUUUCAAUAUGUUCGUAUUUUUAGAUCACGUCCCAUUUGGUCGCUUAAAAAUCGAAAUACCGGGUAAAACAUCGACGCUAGGAUAAUCGUCUUACCGUUAAGUAUGAUAAUUGGUCAACCGCUUUAAUAUUGCGAAACUAACGGCGCAAAGUUUGUCCCGCUGAACGGAAAUUUGCCAUGCCACGCGUUUACAAGACGCAAACAGUCGAAGCCGGUGUGACGUCCUCUUAAAAGGGCGUAAUUCGACUGUAGAAAUUAUUACCCCAAAUGUCGGAGAUAAUCGAAUUUCUCUUGUUUCGUUUUGUUUUUGUCAACAUUUGAAAAGAAAACUUUGAUGUAUAUCGAAUAAACAUCUUCAAUUAUUUUGUAAUCAAUGAUAUAAAAACCAUUUGAAAAAAAAAUUGAUAUAAAAAUAAAAUAAAUUAAAAGUUAGAAAAUGCGUUUAUUAUUGACCGUCCAGAUUCUUGUGGUGAACAUCGCGACAUUCCUUUCCGGAUUUCAAUUCAAUGCUUUUAUCGUGAAGCCGUGAUCGGGUGAGAACAAUAUUGUGAACGGCAACAGUCUGCUAUAAUAGCGGCGCGUAUUUAGAUCGGAUUUUUCGUUGAGAGUGGUAAAAACAUGCAAAUUAUACGCGACGGGUUUUCGGAAAAAAAACGCCGUCAAUUCGCCCCGGUCGGACGUCGAGCGCGAUUGGCGAAAAUCCGGCCCUGCAAUCCGGUGCGAAAUACGUUCUGUUUUUUUUUUUUUUUUUUAUAAAUUUUAGAAUAUCAACAUAUUAUAUAUUUUAUCAGCGGACAUACGCCAUUUAAAGAACGUCGCAUUAUAAUAACAACGCGAUACAAUAUGUUCGAAUUUAAAUCAUUAGAUCGGCCGCACGUGCCCCGUACUCCUGCUGGCUGCCGCGCGGCGGCCAUCUGUCCCGUCUCAUAUUUUAUAUCACAUGCCGCCCGUGUGUCAAAAAAAAAAAAAAAAAAAACCUCCUUUCUUCUGGCCCGAACAACUCGAAAACAUAUAGGAACGGAUUUUUUUCUUCUUCUAAAUUCGUGCGUUAUUAAUACAACAUUAUUAUAGGUACACGGCGGACACGGUUUUCCGGCCGAAUUCUCGAAUAGUCGCCGAAAUGCGAGUCGGUCUUGUGGUCUCUAUACAACAUUAUAAUAUAAUAUGUAUAGUCUAUUAGUUCCAUAAGUAUCGCGGAAUUAUACCGUGCGGCGGCAAAACCACAAUCGCCCGUGGAAUUCACAUUAUUAUAAUAAUCUGUAUCGCGUUUCGUAUUCCGAAUAAUAACACUCGUAGAUUGUGAAGGUUCGAGUCGGCACAACAAAAACGAAAAAAAAAAAAAAACUCCAAGGAAAAUAUUAUACGUUAAACAUCUUUCGGAUAAAAUCGUUUUACAACUGCAGAUACGACCUAUUAUCUAACUUGCGAGACGUCACGACACGAUGACCGACUAAAUCCGUAAUUUUGCGCGUCUACGCGUACGAUGAAAUAUUUUCACUAUAUUUUAAAAAAUUAUAAAAAAUUAUCCGCGUCUUUUAACGUUCGGCGCGAACAAUUCGGACGGGCAUUUUUAUUAACCGAAAGGUUCCCUGGGCGAACCGUUGAGAGUUUCAUAAAAUGUGGUCGAGUGUAGAUACGAACAAAGUUCACGGAAGAAUCGGGGCAUUUUUACGAACCGAUUAAUCGGUUUCCGAGACGAAAAACUUCUAUGGCUUUUUCGCUUUACGCUCUAGAAUAUUGAAGUACAAUUUCGUUUGUUUGGCUUUUCGGUCGGCGAAUGCGUCGAUUUUUAACGGACUGCUUUAAUGUUUUCUCGUAUUGUGUUCGUAUUGUUGAAAUAUUUCAUACAUCCGAAUCCGAAAUUCGUCAACAAUUACGAAUAUCAUCAAAUAAACUACGGCUAAUUAUAUAAAUGACGUGCGGCGACUUAUUGCGUUUCGCGCGGGGAACGAAUCGACUUUGUCCCGAUGCUGUCGCCGCACCGAUUUCCAUCUCAAGGAUCGGCUGCGUAUUACUGAAAAAACGCCGCGACGGGAAAGCAAAAAUAAUUGUCGUCCAACGUUGUUGUCAAUAACGCGGCGUCACGCCGCCCGCCGUCGAAAUUAGAAGCGGUUUCGCGACGACGACGACGGUGAAAACGCCCUUGAAGUUUCGGGUUUUUUUUUUUUUUUUCUGAAAAAAAUAAAUACGUCAAACAACGAUUUUCCCCCUACUCGGGUUACGGCACACGGGCAUUUGUUUUACGCGUCGUCUACACUUACACGAGUAAAAUACAAGAAGAAUAAUAAUAACAAUUAACCGUACUCGUAUUAUCACCACGAUACCGUGUGAUUAUAUAUAUGUGUGAGUGUGUGUGUGUGUGUGCGUGUGUGUGUGUAUACACGCGUACGCGUAUAUUAUUUAUAAACUUGCGGCGGGUUGCCGAGUUUUACGGCCGCUCGCGUAUCGUACGAUUUAAUUCUGCAUUUAAAGCAUUCCUGCAGACCGUAUAUUAUUGUUGUAAUAUUAAAACCGCACAAUAGCUAUUGUGAAGUUCACACCGAAGCAGCCGUAGUAGGUACUAUACAAUACUUACGGGUACACUGCCGCCGCCGCCGCCGCCGAUGUCGGUGGUGUUGAUCAGAUUAUUAUUACUAUUUUUUUUUUUUUUUUAUCGUUGUUGUAUUACGCUUGUAUAUCAUGCGUGUUAUAAUAAAACAUAAAGCAAUAUGUAUACGCAUCGUUUUUUGUUUUAUUUUUUUUUUAUCCACACGCGAAAUACAUUAUUACGCCCCCCGGUAAUACACAGUAAAAUAAUGAAAUAUCGGAGCGUAAUGAACAAACACGCGUAGAUGAACGUAUACAGAGCGGUUCUUCUCUCGUAUUUGGUACGAUUUUCAUUUUUUUUUUUUCUGUACGAAGCUUAAUUUCAACAAUAUUUUUAAUUUAUGACCUCCCCCCCCACCAACACCGGUCUUUGUACCCGGAAACUUUCAGUCACGGAUUCGAACAGUGAAUAUUUGUCUGAAAAUCGUGAUACGCAGUUCAUAGUUUAUAGACUGGAGGAAUAGGGAAGAGUUAUCGAUAUAUAAUAGGCAAUUACCCUUCCCUGCUCCCCCGGUUAAACCGUCAUAAACUGCUAUUUUUAAAAAUCCCGAACGAACAUUCAUUUCGAGUACAAGGAGCCGGGGUAAACGGUUUAAAAUAAAACACAAACUGAAAUGAAAUGCACUUAGAAUAAUCCGAGAAAAUUGCUGGUUUGCGUUAAAAAAAAAAAUCGCUCUGUAUUCCACAGGUAGUAUGCAAUGAACAUAAUAGAUCGUAGUGGUUUUGUUUUUUUUUAUAUAUAUAUUUUACUCUAGGCGCCUAUAUCUCCUAUCACAAUCCUGUUAUUAUAACGUGUGAGAAGCGCGUCCCGUCCAAAUAUUGUUAUUGAUUGUUAUUGUUAUUAUUAUUAUGGGUUACUUAUAUCUACACGUGUUUGUUUGUUUAAAGGCGAUUUAGAAUACCCACGUAUAUAUAUGUACAGGCGUAUAAUUCGUGGUCAUGCGAGUAAAAUAUUUCGAAAAACGUUCGUAACAUAUUAUUAUUAUGCCACGGGGCGUAGUUAACUCAAAUAUAGAGAGACGCCUAGUCGACCGUGGACAAAUCGUUCUGAUAAAAUUGGCCAUAGGAAAACUCGGUCGAAUAAUAUAGAAAAGCGACCAGAUGAAAUAAUUCAACUUUAAAUACACAGCGAAACCUCCUUUAAUGGACAUUUCUAAAUAGCGGACGUUUUUUCGGGAACGGCGACAUUUUCACUAUUUAAAUAUAGGAAAACCUCUAAAUACAGGACACUUUAUAACAUUGAUAUCGAUCAUUUUUAUCGUAAAUUAAGAAUGAUUGUAGAAUAACUAAAUAAAAGUCUACACUAUUUAGUUUGCUUCUAUUACUAUGAAUGUACAUUUUUAUACUGUACAUGACGUGGAUCUUAUAUUAUCAGUUCAGUCGUUGACAUACACAUUAUCGCGUCGAUGAAAUGUAACUUUAAGAUGUAUUUAAUUAAUAUAAAAAUAAAAUAGAAUUUGUAUAAUUAAUUUCAAAAAAUAAUAAUAAAAAUACAAUUUUUCCUUCUAAAUAGCGGAUAAAAUUUCAGCGACCGAGAGUACCCGGUAUUUAGAGGUUUCACGUUGCAUGCAUUUGUUUUAAUGUCUAAUUUUUAUCUCUUGCCAUAUUUUCUCGUGGUCGUUUCGGUAUACAGACCAUUACAUAGUCCCGACAAGACCGCGUCCGUUUUCGAUUAUUAUUGAUUAUUACCUACACUCGUAUAUACGAUCGAGUCCCGUAAGAGGGUUAUGAAGUCAGCGACCAUACAUCUCCUUAAGAGGAGAAAUCGUAUCGAUUAACCAGCGAAUUAUUAUAUUCCAAUUAUACCGUGAAUUGUGCAGCGAUAUCCAAUAUUGUUCGUAUAUCAUCGCGUAAUAAUCUGUGGCGCGUAAACAAAAUCAGUGUUGAAUCCAGAACAUUUUCCUGGUGGGGGGCUCACAUUCCUCCGUUGGUCAUUUUCGUGUAAAAUUCCACGGAUAUUGCACAUUUAAUAAAUACAAUUUGUUGAAAGUUGUAUUUGUCGGGGAGGGUAUGGCGAAUGAAAUUCCAUUGGGAAAAAUGCCCCUCACGGGGUACACCUGGAUUUAAUAUUGAACAAAAUAUAUUUCGCGUGGUGUCCAAUCGAAUUCGCCUGCUUGGUUUUAUGGUUGCCAAGCUUGGCGAUAUCAAACCAUUUUUUAUUGAUAUACUGUAUCUUAUAUACUAUCGAACCGGCGUAAAAACCAGAUUAGUCGAAAGUAAUGAGCGUCAGAAAUUUAGGCCUGCAGGAAAAAAAAAGGUAACGUGCGUUAAUACACGUUUGUAGCCGUAGUUUAUAAUACAAUAUGACAUUGUUGUGUUCAGGUUACUACAUUUCAAAGUUUAACAUUUAAUUUAAUUCGAACUUUUUAAAACGUGAUUUUCUUAGAUUGAAAAAAAUGUGAAUUUUCUGUUUUAUAUCCGCGCAUUGUGUCCGAAACAUUCGUUUUUUACGAUAAGAAUGUCAAUUUUUUUUUAAAAAAAAAAAAAUGUUUUACAACACUUAUAUACUUAACGUUGGAUUUUUGGAAUUUUGGGACAUAAAUUAAUUUUUUCAACUUACGAUUUCCAAUUUGCGUUUUUAUUUUUUCUAACAUUGGCCAAUCUCGCACCAUACCACAGAUAUUAUAUUAUUUCAAUAGAUUAUUGUUGUGUGUAUACAUUGUCAUUUUUUUUUUUUUUUUCACUAGAAAUUUACGGUAUAAUAAAUGGCACACAACUAAACGAGAAAACAUCAUAAGUACACCGGAUGUGUACUCAUUCAUUAAUCAUUCGGUUUUUCUUGCGAAUAGCUACGCACUCGAAUUCAACACCCCGGAUCGAUUCGCUUCGCCGUUUUUUUUUUUUUUUUUUUUUGUUGUUGUUUUUUGCAUUUCUCAAUUUUCACUCGUUUUGUUUAUUUUUUCGUAAAUACGAAAAUAGUCGCGUGAAAACAACAAAUAAAAAACUUUCGGAGUUUGCUGUGCAAAACAAUACCGGUGGAUUGCCGCAGGACGUAAAAUUACUGAAACAUUGUCGAACAAGACAAUCGUAUUUAACGUAUUUUUCGAAAAGAAAAGACUGCGGUUUUUGAAAAUAAACAAUACUCGAUGGUAUAUUAGUGUAUAUUUAGUAUUUUAGCGUCUAUGAUGUAUAUUGUGUUUGCGUUUUUACAUCACCGUAUUCCACGAUAACGUCGGAUGUUUUUUCAAAUAUAAUAUGUGGUUUUUUUUUUUUUUUUUAGUUCAUUUACCCGUCUAAAUGGUAAUUAUAAUAUUUUAUAGCUAUACCGUCGUAGUAUUUUAUACAGAGCGAUUCUUUUAUCGCUUUAGACGCAUUGUUUCGCAAAGUAUAGACAGAAAACAAAAACGUUUCGUCAAUAUUUAAGAAACAAGCAGCUCUACAAUGUUACGUUACCGGCUGUUCUCUGUCGCCUCUUACUUUCAGGGUUGAAUCGACUACCGACUUUACCGAUUUACACACGGUAAAUCAUAUCAAGCGUUUCGAAUAGACAGAGUGUUAGUUUAAAUACGUUUCGGUGUUGAAAUAUUCGAUAUCCGACGAUCCGUUCGCGAGAUAUUCCGCUUUAAAGUUCGGGUACGCGGCGGAUUUCUGUGACGCUCGGCGUUUGUACAGUGCUCCGCCACUCACCCCAAUAUCUGAAUUUAAAAGUGGAAUAUCUCGCGAACGGGUCGUCGGAAAUCAAACAUGUCAACGCCGAAAUGCAUUUAAACUAAUACUACUAUAUGUUUGUGAGACUUUUAAUGUAGGUUGCCUUUUGAAAAUCAAAAGUAUUUUUUUUUUUGAUUAGAAAACAUCGAGUCGCGUUUACAGCGAUAUAUUAUAAUCUGCGUCUAUAUUAGUGUAGUUGUCGUAGCGUCUGGUUUAAAAAAAAAACAACGAAAUUUCGAAUCGAAAACUCCAUCCGUAAUUCGACUUCCCCGUCCUUCGAUCCCUUGUAGUAAAUAAAGCGUAACCGACAUCUACGGAUUUUUGGUUUUUUUUUUUUAUUUUGAAAACGGCGAGUAUCGCGGUGUACGUAUAUAUAUAUAUUAUAAUACCCGUCAAGACAAUAACACAACAAUAAUAAUAAUACAACAACGACCGUGUUAACCGUCCGUCGUCGCGGUCGUGACCGAAAUUCCGGUAUGGAUGACGCGCACAAAUUAACCUGUGACACGUGCGAUACGCGUACGGUUCGUUUAAUGUGCGCGCCCCCGUCGUCGAUGUGUUCGACCGUGGGUGUAUUUUAAUUUCGGCCAAUUAAUUAACCAUCCGUCUUCGCGUACUUCUCGUGUAUUACUAUUGUGUCCGAUCGCCGGGGGCAGACGCCGCCAUCGUGUACAUUUUUCGCCGACGAACAAAUAUAAUUUAUGGGUAUUAUGUAUGGGGGCCGCGCGACCUCCGGUUUCCUCGGUUAACAAAAACUACAAAUCGUCACCCUCCUCGCUCCUAGAACAAGACUGCCGCAACUCCAAAUGCAUUAAUUCCGAAUCAUUUCUGGUAGCGCACUAUCAGAAUAAUUUAGAACGCCACAUUCUACUAUAUCGCUUUUCAUUUUGCCACUAAAAAGACGCGUCAGUAUAGGACUAUUCGAUUUUUAACUGAUUUUCAAUGCAAUGUUUAUGCUUUAUGACCGUAUACACUUUUAAAUUUUUCCCGUUUAAUUACUGAAGUCAAAUGCUUUAUUUCGAUUUGUGGUGUUCUCGCACUACAUAAAAAAUAAUUUUCUGGUGAUAUAUAUGUAUUCAUUGCAAAACGGUUAUAUUUAAAGUUAUGACGGUUUUGCAUUCACCUAUAUAAUUGUAAGAGACCACAAGUCUAACGUUUUGGGUUUAUGUUCAUAAUAAUUGAAGAAGUCACACUGUAAAGCGUGUUGGUGGGUAUUUUAGAUUUUGGUUUCAAACGCAUAGCUAAAAAAAGACGGGCAUACUUCGCACGUGGGUGCAGCCACUGUUGUAGAUUGGAAAUUGAGAAGGCAGCAUCUAUAAGCAAAAAUAAACCAUUGCUAACGAAAAGACGAUUCUGAGCGGAGCUCAGUUGAUAAUGGAAUUUUGUUUUAAACGGAAACAGUUAGGGUCCGGCAAAAAGACCGGAGUGAGAUGGCGCUGUGUCAGUAGUGGUUGUGAUACAUCGGUGGAGGAGGUAUCGAUUAAUAGGUGUAUCGUUGCAAUUUGUAUUUGUUGCAAUGGUUAUGCACGGCGAUAAACAUUGUGUGUCUGUCGGUAUGUCCGUAGAUAAUUAUGGAAUGGACACGUCCAACGUCCACGUCUAAAAAUUGCACGUUUAAGCGCCUAUUGCUUCCGCGAUCGAUACGUAUACAUCCGUAAAAAUCACACAAUAGAUUUGACUGUUUUCCGCCAAAUUCGUAUCGUUUCAAAUCACCGCGGUAGAAUUUGAAUUCUAAAAGAACCACGUAAUACAAAAUAAUUGCAUCGCGGAAAGGGAAAACAUCGCCUAUGCCUCUCUUAUGUUUCUCUUUGGUUCGAGGACCGAACAUUUCGACCCGUGUCCUAUCCAUUAAAUCUAUAUGGUCGGCACGAUGACUAUCCGCGUAUUAUUUUCGUCGUCAAGCGGUCGUUGUUAAAAAAUGUAUUAUUGUCGAUCGGGUUCGGACGAGUCGACAGAGACCAUCGGAGACCGAUCGCGAGACGUCUCGUUUAAUUGGUUCCGCGUAUACGUAUACGAGCGUCUUAUUUGCCUCUGUGCGUACAGAAUGGAAUAUUAUUUAAGACGCGCGACGAGUUAUUUUACCGGUUGAAACUCUGCAGUUCGCAGCCUAUUAUAUGUAUACAGGGUGUCACACGAAGAUAUACCCGUUGUAAUAUUUCCGGAGAUAAUCGAAUUCUGGUUACUUUUGUGUUACUCACUGGGAUAAGGAGUACAAAUAUUCAUAUUGCAAUUCAAUUUUUAUGUUUUAGUAAAAAAAUUAAAGCAAAUACUUUUUAGUUUUAUUAUAUUCGUGUUUUUUAAUAGUUUUUGAAGUUCAUAGAAAAAUCAAUUAAUCGUAACAAUAAUAAUCAACUGAAGAAUGCGAUUAUAGCCUGCUAAUUAUAUUUAUAAUUAUAUGCAAUAUAAUUAUAUAAUUAUAUAGCUAUACUUUUAUCUGGCCUUCGAGAAAAUAAUUGAAAUUCGCGAAUUUAAUGAAAAUAAAAAGUUGAUACUUCAAUAUUUUCGGAAAAAUAAAAUUUAAAAUAAAACCAAAAAGUUAUUUUUUAUUGAUUUUUUACCAAAACAUAAGAAAUUAUUUGCGAUAUCAAUAUUUGUAAUCAUCUUGUCAUCCCCGUGAGUAAUACAAAUAAAAACCAGAAGAAUUUGAUUAUCUUUAUUAUGUGCGGAGAUAUUACAGUGGGUAGGGUCUUCGUGAGACACCCUGUAUUAUAGGGGAUAGGCCUCGAUCGGUAUACGUAUACCGGUAUAUAAUACGAGUGUUGUACCUAUGGAGAAAAUAAAAAAAAGUAUAAAAAAAAAUCGGUAGACGUCGUAUUAUUUGUAGUGUAUAUAUAUACCUAUGUAUAGUUGUCGUCGAAGCCCACGCGAUCGAACGGCAAUCACGUUUCCCUCGGCCUCCCCCACGACCCGCUCAAACACUGCCCGUCCCGGAGACUCAUUCUCGACAAGAGCCAAGCCGCUGACGACGACCGCGUGGAAUAAUAAUAACGUAACUACCUAUAAUACACGACGAUAAUAUUAUUAUUAUUAUUAUUAUUAUUAUUGUAACGUUUCGGUUUUAUACCGGGGCCGUAUUGUGCGUAUACCAGGCCGUAGACUGUGUUACUCGUGGUGUAUAAAAAUAUAAUAACAUAGACGUAUUAGUUUAUACAGGGUGUUCCGCGCGGUAGUUGUGCCGUCCCGACGGUAACAAAGCUGGACACGGAAAUACCGCCGAUCAAUCUGAAAUCCGCCGUGGAAAAAUGUCCGGCGCUUAUCCCCGGAUGUUAAUCCGUUUAAUCCGACGAAUCGACGGAUUCGAAUUCCGUAACGCGGAUGUUAUAGACGGAUUACAUCCGAACUUGGUAUUAUUACGCGAUCGAAAUACAAAUCCGGUAUCCGAACGAAUCGCGAGAGGAAACAAGAGUAAAUAAUAUAAAUUAUACAAUUUUUCUUUUUGAUACAUGAAAAAAAAAAAAACGAUUAGUACUUACCGCACCUAUAUUAAUUAACGUAUGAAAUUAUAUGCGUGAAUCGCAAUGUUACCCGUCAUCCCGUUAUCUUUAUUGUCGUUUUAUCAGAAAUAAAUUGAAUCAUUAACCCGGAUUGAUCAUUUCAAUCCGAAUAGUUAUUAUAAUUAAGGAUUACACGUUUUUUUUUAAUCCGGAUUAAAACGCGUGGAUUGUAAUCCACGCAUUAUCCCAUGCAUACCGUACUCGAAUAAUUUAUUUGAAAGUUAAUUCUUACAUUAUAGAACAACGGUGGUCAUGUUAAACAAUACGUAUACGAAUUAAUUUUAAAAAAAAAAAAACCUUUUUUCAUCUCUCGCGAAACUAUUAUACUAAUAAAUGUGUCACAUACGUUUUUCCAUAUUUGUGUCGUCGGGUGACAUUGAGCGUCAAUAAUUGUGCAAAACUGAUGCGGCAUAUCGAUUGACAAAAGGACGUAGCCGGAAAUACCAUGGAAUAUUCAUUUUCAAACGCACGCGAAUAUUCUUUGAACGAAUUUAAAAACGUUGGUUUUUGAGAUAGAAAAAUAACAUUUUAAAAAUAUGAUUAUCGCGGCACCCCGUCGAUGGGUAUGGUAUGCUUGGAAUGACACAACUAUUACAAAACACUUUGUAUGUAAUCGUUAUUAUCGUAGGUUAUAUGAUCGGAACGAUUUAUUAUAGUGAUACAGUGAUAUUUUGGUGAUGUUUUUCAAGGAUAUACGCAUCGCGGAAGAGGACGAAGGGGGCCUAUACUUACUUUACAAAAUUCUGUAAUUCUCAGUAAAAUUAAUCUCUAUAACAGUGGUUCCCAACUGGUGAUCCACGAACCUGUCAUAUAAGUGGUUCGUAAAACUGUUUUAUCCUAUACAUAAUAAAACAAAUAAAACGGAUUGUCAGUUAUGAUAAAACAAUAAAUAUUAGGGAUGGGCUGAUAACAAUGUUUACCGAUAUCUGACAUUCCGAUGCACGCGUCAAACUACCGAUAUCGAGUGUAGGUCCAUCUCUAACAACAUCUACUGUUACGGUGGCCGAUAAUCGGGUUUUGUUUAUCGUUAUUAUGUAAAAACAACACAAAAAAGACCAUAAGCAAAACGAAGUGACCCGCGACCUUUAUAGAAAGUUCUCUAUGCGGUCAAAAUUAGUUUUGAAGAGGUUGGGAACCUCAACAAAAAAAAAUUCUUCCUUUUUUCACACAGUUUUUACGUUAAACGGUUGGCGCAUUAAGGUAAUCGUUUUUUUAUUUUCCUUGUGGUUUUCUUAAUAAUAUGGAAAACACUGAUGUGUACGCGAUAACGGUUCUUUCUAGAAACGGACAAAACACAAAACACUUUUGAGCUAUUUAUUUUAGUCAUUUAAAAUUGCUGAAUUUUUUUUUGUAGUUUGAUGUAGAGAAAAAAAAUGUUUCGACCCGGGAAAAAUGCUCGGAAAUUUAACACGAAGUUCGCUUUAAAAGUCUUACUUAGUAAUAAAAAAAAAAUGUGUGAUGUGGUCAUUUUUUUUUUUAUAAGAGUUUUAAACUUUUAAGAAAAUCCCGGCGUUUUAUAACGAUUUAAUCGAACUUCACUCAGAAUCGUUGCGUACGGAUACAUAAAUUAAAUUAUUCUAUAUAUAUUAUAAUAUUAUCCUGACGAAUUUCCCGCAUCCCCUCUAUUUUUUAACUUCUUCCCGCGUGUAUCCGCGUUACACUUACCCGCCCAUAUUGGUACGUCUUUUGUAUAUACGAGACGCGUUUUACGUCCGACGUUCUUUAGAACAGUAUAACAUAAUAAUAGUAAGUACGAUUUUUUUUUUUUUACCAAUAUAUUAUAUAUGCCAAGACCUUGAGAUGUCAAAACCAAUUAUUUGAGUUUAAAGAGAGUUAUUAUUAUUGUUUUUUUUUUUGCCUACACGCCGCAUUAUUAUAGGACACCGUCGAAUAUAACUUUACGGUGACCGUUGGCUCGGACGGACCGCGAGUAAGUAACGGCAGCGUCGUAAAAAUUAUCCUCAUUAUAUUAUUUAAUAUCGCCGUAUUCAUCACCGUCAUUGGUCAACGUGUGGGCCGCCACCGUUUUUUUUUUUUUACAUAUUUUUUUUUACAUUUUUUUUUUUUAUGUAAAUCUUUUAUACGCGCGUAUACGGUCGCGCAUUAAAUAAAACGCGCGUGUAUUACGUGAACAACAGCUACCUACGCACGACAGCGCGGUACUAAUUGCGUGAAGAAACGGUUCGCUUUUAGACAACAUACUAUACGAUUUACAGAAAAUCGACAUUGUCUCGUACCUUUAAACAAAUGAGAAAUUUCGAAAUAAAUCCGCGGACCGAUACAUAAAUACAUAGUAAUGCAAUAUACAGACGAGCUCGUGUAUCGCUCGUCGACAACAGUUUUCGGUAUUAUUACGAUUUAGGAUUUUUAUUUAUUCAUUUUUUUGCCAUCACCAUCCACCGAAUGAAGUCUACGAAGAUUUUCAAGUGUUUUCAACCAUUGUAUUAUUGUUAUGGGCGUUGUACACUGUGGUGGGUGUGGAUUUUGUUUUUUUAAUAUUAAUUACUAAAUAAUGUUCGGUUGGUAAAAUAUUGUUGGUAAUACAUUUAUAAAAUACGAUUUUUUGUGUACUUUCGAUAGUACUCGUAUAUUUAGUUGAAUAUUUCGAGAAUAAUUGUAAAAUGCCAACGAAGUUGUAGUCUUCAAUUGUACCACCAUCGACACGUUCCGUAACGUGUAUUUUAUUUCUGGAUAGAAAGAUAGUUUUGUUCGUUUUAGAUUUUAGAUUCAGAGCGAAACGAGGAAUGGAAUAGUUGUAACGGUUUAUCUAUUUAUGAUGUGUUUGUAUGUUUUUUCGCUUUGUUUCUGUAAUCAACUUUUACACCAGAAAUCUUAUUCCGAUCAAAAACUUUAUAGAAGCUUUCUUGUAACAUGUUUGAACUAGUUCAUACAUUGAAAUGCUCAAUUUUCUUUGUAGUUUUCAAUAAAAGAAAAACUGGCAAUUUUUAUUGAUUUCUGGAUUACAUCGACAACAAGGAAAGAACACGACUGUUGAUACUCUGCUCAGAAUCAUUUUUUAUUAGAAAUUACUCUAUAUUUUCUCCUUUCAAACCCCCUUCCUAAAACAGUAGCAUACCCAUCAGCAGUAUCAGCUUUUUUACAAAAUAUUGCCCGUGGUACAACGUACAAGAAGUAGAGGUGAACAUUUAAUCAUAUUGUUAAAACUAUAAAAGUUAAGCAAUGGGCAUAAUGAUUGAAAAAGUCAAAAACAAAUUUUAUCAACAUCUUCAUAAUCACUAGACCGUGAUAAAAAAAAAAAAAUUAUAAAAUUAUAAUGUCAAUGAAAGUUUUCAUAGAACCUUAGCCUUUCAUAUAGCCUACAUGGUAUAGCCCUUAUCCAGCAAUAUAAUAUUAAUAUGGUGUUAUUAAAAUUAUAAUUUAAACUCAAUCAGAAACCAGACGACGCACAUAAAUUCAUUCUUAACAGACUUAAUUGUUUGGGUUAUCGGUUAGUUGUUUGUGUGUUCUCUCGAUCGAUAGCCAAAUAGUCGCUCUGUAUAAGUACAACCGUGAUAGUAUAGGUUUUGUUUUUUUAUUGUCGUCGUCUCCGUCUUCCAAACGCGCGACGCGGCAAAUUUGAGUUCAGCGAAACCAAUUUUGGGCUGUUAUAGUUUUGUUAGUUCGAUGUGAAUUGUCUCUGUUUUCGCGUCGUCGGUCCGUUUAGUUAUUUUAAUCCGAGCGUUUGAACUAUCAAAAUUUAAAAAUGCUGAUUAUGUUAAUAUGUGAUACUUGAAUACUUCACGCACUCAUAUCUCGCUCGAAAUAUCUGAAAAAUAUCAUCAACGUGCGGUCACAGAUAAUGUUAUUCUUACCUUCAAGUUUGAUACUGCGUGUCAACUCGCUCUGAUGUUUAAAACUAACGGCCCGCCGCAAUUGUUGCUGCUGAACGCGCGAAUUCCAUCGUGAUCGUACCUAACGCACGUUUUCGAUUUCCGUUCGAUUGCGCUCGGAUUAAAUGCAAUUAUUCUCCUAUACUGUACAUUAUAGAACGUUUUAUCCGUCCGUCAUAAACAAAAAUAAACUAUGAAUAAUUCGUCCGGUUUGAAUAUUGACGUCACGUAUAUCGUUAUUGUCGCCGUAUACACGCCGGGCUAUGAUAAAUAUUAUUAUAAUGCGUUUUGAAGUCGGAAAAUAUCCGCAAAGACCGCUGUGCGACCGUGCGGCAUGAAACGUCCUCUCUUUCGGGGCGUUAUUUUUGGAAUCUACGCGUCGUUUCCCCGUCGCACGUGAUUUCAUCCUAUAAGCCGCGUCGUCGUCGUCGCGAUGUCGACGACUGGUUACCGGGACGGAGUGAGGGCGAUAUUUUUUACGCCCGAAGUAUUAUUACACGCAUCCGAGUACGUAUAUCGCAUUUCGGGUUUUACGGCCGCCACCGUCUUCAAUUAGCCCCGAAAACACUCGAAUACGUCUGUAUAACUGCGCGGUGUCCGCGGGGAGAUCGGAAUUUAUGGAUAUUGCUUUUCGUCGGCGGUUUCAUCAACCGCCGCGCCGAUACACUCGUACAGCGGGGAGGGGGGGGGGAGAAGGUCGGGAGUUGUAGGGGAGAAACGAUGUCACGGAGGUUAAGUUUUCCUUUUACGUCGCGUCGCUAUACCGCGCGCAUAAUAAAUACUCGAACCCCCGGUUCGAAUAGUCUCUGAUGUACGCGCGGACGACGGAGUGAACAACAUAAAAUCGCAGGCACCCAUUUUCAGUAAUAAUAAUCGCAUUAUUAUUGUGACGACGGCCUACACGGACUGUUGUAAAAUCGGUUUUUUUACGCGGAUUCGGUACAAUAAUGUAGAAAACAUAAACGGUACGCGAUAUAAAUCAAAUAUCGUACGUUUAUCGUCCGCGAACGAGCCCGUUUAUUGCGUUAUAUUAUUAUUAUUUUUUUUUUUUAUGAGCUUAGAAAACUGUAUACUAUACAGUAGAUAAUAUAUUCUCGCGUAUUUUAGUGAGAGUCUAUAUAAUAUUAUAUAGUAUUGACUAUUGAGCUCUCGUAAAGUUAAUAGUUUUUUUUUUUUUUUCUACUUUGUAUUCUCUAUAUUAUUAUUCAGUGUCAAUAAUUUAAAACAAUACAAUUUAGAUAGAUAAUACGGUGUUCAAACUAAACUUUUAUACAAUAUAAUGCAAUAAUAGUGUGUCGAAAACGUGUUUACAAAAAAAAAAAUAUAGACGGACCUACUUCGCACGAUGGGUGGGCCACUGUUGUAGAUGAGAAGCUGGGAAGGUAUAGAGGGGUUUUUCAAAAACAGCAUAUGUAUGCCGUGAGUUGUAAAAAACCUUCAAGAGUGCAAAUGAGUGGAUAUAAUAUUUUAAAAUGUAUUAUAUACGCACAGUCGCGGUCCAUAACAAAUCGCGAGUUUUAUCUGAAAUUCGGUUUUAUUAUCGAAUAUUUAUCGUUAUUUUUAUUUAGUUUUAAUAAUGCACCCGAUAGCUGCAUUAAUUGAAGUUAUUCCCCGCAAUAUGUAUUAUUCCGGUACCAAAAAUCACAUCGAGUUUUAAUGAAAUCCAUAAUGUACCUGACCAUGGCAUUUACGAAAAUAACUAUACCGUCAACGGUCCGGCCGUAGAGGUCAGGUUAGAUAAUUAAAUAACAGGUUUUUUUCUCUCUAUAUAUGCAGUUGAGUUGCUUGAACGCAUAAAGUAUCGUGACAUAAAAAUACAACACGGCCGGGUAUACUAUACUUGACGUAUAGAGUUCAGACGAGAAGUCAAUAAAUAACGGGACAUUCGUUGUUCGAGAGUACACGUCGUAUUUUACGAUUACAACAAUCAAACGCAAUAACAAUAAGAGAGCAUCCCUCGGAGAAAUCGGAAAUAAUACUGUAACGAAAAAUAGUUUUAAAGAAUUAGCCGAGGCGCGGGGCAUUCCCUCCAUCGGACAAUAUAAUCAUUUUAAAAGGCCGUUUCUAAGCAACAGCUCUGGCGCCUGACAAUAUACUUUCUAGUAUUUUCAUGGGUAAGUUGUAGCUGAGAGGCAUGCGCCUUUUUCACGACCACCUCUGGAGUUACGUAUUUUUUUCGAUUAAUCCCUGACCUUUCGAACGACACCUUUUUUUUCUCUCGGCGCCAGAAUGAGCAGGUCACAUACCAAAUACGAGUGAGAUUUCUUCGGACCACCGACAACACCAUACUGAGAACUGACCUGGAGUAACGAAUGAUUGACUUUGGCCGAUAUUCGUUAGGAAUUCGAGUUUUCUUCUUUGUACAGUUCAACGCGUUAAACUAAUCUACAUUUAUCUUUUACUUGUACAUUGUCGUCGUCGUCGUCGUCUCAAUAAGAGCUUAGAACACUUUACAGAAACAAACUAAGGGACCGAUAAAAUAAUACUACUUUCGUUUGGCCUCAUCAACAUUUUCGAAUCUCCCACGAUCCCUCGAAACCUUCCGAACAUCAAAAUUAACCAACUGAAAAAAUAUAUAGGUAUAUGAUCGAAGUGUGUCGCGUUUUCGUUCAGUAUGCGCAGCUCUUCUACGUUUCGAUAAUAGUUGAAGCGAAGACCUACUCGAACGGGGUCUGCGUAUCAAAAAACUGCACUUGAACAUAAUGCACAUCUAUUUUGAUACUAUCCCAAUUAUUAAUAGAUUAUCUUUUUAAUUAAUUAGUUUAAAUUUCAAACGGGGGCGUCAUUUUGGGGUUUUUUUUUUUUUUGGGUGCGCGUAGUUUCAAACCGAUUAUCUCGAAAUUUCACCAGGUCACAUAAAAAUAAAUGUGUCUACAUUAUUCUGCAUUAUCAUUGUUUUCACAGAUCACGGCGAACCGCAUCAACAUAAAUAGUAAAAUACAAUUUAAAAAAUAAAAGAUAAUAAGUAUAAUUGAUUCGGUAGUACUGUUCCCGUGAAAACCAAGCAGUAACGCGUAUAGACUACAGAAGAAGAAAAACGAAGUAAAAAAAAAAAAAACAGAACAAAACAACCCCUUAAUAUUUGCAUUUAUAAAUUAUCGUUUAUGUAAUAUGUAAUACUUAGAACUUUUGCACAAGCAAAACGCUCUACAAAAAAUGUAUUUUAAACGAGCGGAUACCGGCGAUUUUCGUGUUAAGCAAACGCAUCUAAAUCAUAAACUAAAAUUUAACCUGCGGCUCAGUUUAUGAUAAGCAACGAUUGUGGGCACAAUAUUGUUUACUCAAUUGUUUGACGGCACGCGAUAUUUGCUUACGAACCCGUACAAGUUAACCACGAUUGUCAGUGAAAUAACAAUAUUGCGAAUAUAAUAAUACAUAACGCGAUAUUAAAGUAAAAACAAAAUUAUUAAAAUGGUUAAUACUCGUAAAUAAAUGUAUAAAUUAUUAUAUAUUUAUUUACUAUAUUUAUAUAAUUUAUAAAAAUACAGUUUAAUUUUGGUUGUAUAAAUAAUGGGUGCGUUAUUUCAGCAGGCCAAUUGGGGGAUUGUUUUAAAAGUAUACAGGGCGCGACCGAACAUUCUUACCCUCCCCCCAAAUGACGUCGUCGUUUUCAAGUCAUUAAACACACACACACACCUACGCAUCGAAAGUCCAAUUCGUUUUGAUGUUUUUUUUUCCUUUUAAUUGUCCGUAUAGUUAUCGAUAUUUCGCUGAAAACAUUAACACGGUUGUUGAACGUCCGCAGUAUUGAAUGAAAUAUUGUAUAUUAUAGAAUACACUAUAAAAAUAUUAUAAACGAUUAGAACGUAUAGAGAAAUAAAAAAAUGAACCGACAGUAAACACAAUGUAAUCGUUUUUAUGGAGUUUAUACGCUACGUAUAUAAUAUACCAUUAUACCGUGACCUAGGUUUAAACUAUACAUUAUUAUAGCAUUUAAUUACAAAAUCUCUUUGAAGUGCCAAUUAAUCGUGUUUUUAUUAUUAUUAACCAUUAAUAACACGAUAUUAUUACGAUAUCUGUUUUUUUUCUUCUUUUUUUUUUUUUAGUAUAAUUAAACGUAGAAAUCGUUAAACGUAUUGAGAAAAAAAACGAAAACGGGAACGACAGCGUUGUUAGAACAUCGUAAAUAAACUUCAGAGCGAUAAUUAAUUAAUAUUAAUGCGAAAUAUUUUCGAAUUAAAAUCACGAAGAGUUUCUCAUCUUUUACUCCUGAACAGACUUCUCUAAUUAUACACUGGCGCCGCUGAAAUGAUAACGACAAAUAACUUGGGAUGACGCGCGUUCGGUAUAUUCUAUUUUCCCCGAUUUGUUUUAAAACUUCGAAACUUUAUGCCACUUUAUUCUUCGAUUCUCCGCGUCUACGAUUAAAUAAUCAUUUAUCUCCUGUUCCUUUAAAUAUUUCUAUUUAUUUUUAUUUUUAUUAAUAUUAUAACGUGUUUAAUUUUGUCGGACGUGCGAUUAAUGCCGACGACGGUUUGUUUUAACUUCGCAGACGUCUACGACAGUUUUUUUUUUUUUAGCGUGUGAUAUGGGUAGACAUUCUCGUCACGGAUAAAUAUCCGUAAACUUCGCACGCAUUUCCAUUCCCAUUUAGUUUAUGCCCCCUUUGGUAUUUCCAAUACCUAUCAAUUUUAAUCUGCCCUACAUACGUAUUAUGUAGGUGUUUUGUUUUGAUUUUUUUUUUGUUCUCCGGGGAGUUAAUAAUAUAAUGUACACUUGACGAUGACUAACGAAAUUCUAUUUUCGUUGUAUUUUUUUCGUAAGGCCUACACGGCCUUUUUAUUUUUAUUUUUUUUUUCCUAGAAGAGGAAAAUUAGGUUAAGAUGUUCAAAUUCAAACCGCAUAUUUUAUGAUGUUAGUAUUUUGAAUAUCAUUAAAACGAUUGUGCAAUAUCGUACACUAUUAUUAAUACACAUUUUUUUUUCUAAGGUUAUUUUAGGUUUUAUUUUUUAAAAAAAACCGUCUGGGGUGGUUUCUGGAGCAUGACAUUCGUUUUUUUUUUAUUUUACAUUCUAAUGUAUUUUUAAAUAUUAUUAUUUUUAUUUUUUUAGAUUUUUCAAUGCGUACACCUAUUGAAAAACGUAAUAAUUUUACAUAAUUUAGCAUAAUAUUACGAACUGUUUAUUAUAAAUAUUAAUACGUAGGUAUUAAACGGGUAUUUUAUAAAUACCAUUUGUUUAUACACGCUAAUUUAUUGCCGACCGUUUACACAUUAAUAAACACGGGUGACAUGGACAAAUUGUUUGCAGAAUCGGUCAAAAUCAGGAUUUUUUUUUGACAAAAGUAAAAAUAAUUCUAAAUUUUAACGUUUCUACAAUAAUACGAUGUACUUGUCGAAAUAGCUUCGUAUAAACCGUGUCGACUACGAUAUACAUUUUUUUCACGGACACGCACCUAUAGCGUUUUUUUUUUUUAACGGACAACUUUUUUUUUUUCUCGAACCCCACAACGCGCGUGUAUACCUGUACCAAUCAGUGCGCUAUUAAUUACUAGGUAUACAAUUAAUUUUUUAAUGUAACGUGCAUAAAAUAAUUGCCGGAAGAUAAUAUCUUUAAGCACGCCGCAGUUUUAAGGAAUAAAAAAAAAAAAAAAAAAAAAAAAUGUUACCUUAUUAUACAAUAUUUACACGAACGUCAUUAUACCGGCGAUGUAUACUCAAGCCGCCGUAGAUAUUUUGAUAGAGAUUAAUAGACGUACUUUGUUAGAUAUCGGUGUUUCUUUUUUUAUUAUAAUAUAAGAUGACGUGUAAUCUGUGUACGUUCCGCCGAAAUGCGAAAAUAACGUUUUAAAACUUUCGCCUCGUAAACCAAUCGCCGCGGAACGCACGCAUUUUCGACCGAAGUUUUUUGUACUAUAGCUCGUGAUAAUACGGUCUAUAAAUAAUAAUAACUUUUUUUUCUCUUUUCCGACGUAUAUUCUCGUUUAUUUAGUUUGCGCGAGGUCAGUCGAUAGCCGCGGUAAAAAUAGAUUUGGCUCGGGCCGGGCUGCCGAAAGCGAUCCCUGUAUUAUGUUUUGUACGCUAUCGUCGCGUUACACCGGAUCGCCACUGACCUUGGCGCAUAUUUUUCGAUUUCGCGGAUCGCUAUGGAAUCGCCGCCGCCGUAAAAAAAAUUCGAACUCUGGCCGCGUGAAAAAAAAAAAAAACAGAAUCUUAUUCGGGCAAUAUUAUCGUCGUCGGUCGGACCCAUGACGGUGUUUUACGACAGAGCAUAUCGAAAUCUGACCGUUUUCCCACGAUUUGGGCGCCGGGAACACGACAACAGGACUACUGUAGCGUAUACCGAAACAUAUUUUCGAAAUCGCAUCACGUUCACCGCUAAUACUUUCUCUCUGUCUCUCUAUCGCUCGGCGUGUCUUUCUCUUUCUUUUUCUUCAAAUCCAAAUCCUUCUGCGGCCGUCCGUCCAUGCGCCGCAGCACGUAUGUCUUAUACAAUAUAUACGUAUAUAUUGUAUGUGCAUACUAGUCAACCCGAGACAGACCGGUCCCGUUUGGUCCCCGUGACUAUAAUGUACACACGCAGACGUGGUUCAUGCCUUUUAUGGACUUAUAAAGUCCGCCGUGUGCGAUGUUGGCGACGGGGCACAGCGGGUUCACCGAACUCGCAUUGGUAUACUACACGCGGUGAUGGUCGUAAUAGUCGCACACUAGCGUAUACAUAGUAAUAAUAUAGUGGUCUCGGUAUACCUGCGCUAUGCCUAGUACCGAGUAAGUGGUUACCUACGGCGAUUGUCUUCGCGGAUGGUCACGUGAAAGGAUCUGCAGACGCGGCGAUGACGACUACGUGGUCGUCGCGGCGGCCGGCCUCUGGGUACGGGCCGCGUCGUCAAGAUUUUCGAUCAGCGCGAACCGAUACAACAAUAAUAAUUAUUGUAGUUUUUUUUUUUUUUGAACCUUAUGAACGCAAACAAUGAGUCGUGCCGACCAGGGUGCGGUGGAUUAUCGACCGCACUAUAAAGAACGGCCACUGACGACUGUAUAAUAAUAAUAAUAUUAUUAUUAUUAUUAUAAUAUCGUGGUCAAGUAUAAAAUGUCUGCGAAGCGUCCGAUAUCCGAAUGACGUAAAAAAAAAAAAAAAAAAAAAUUCCAAACGAUUUCAUAUACUGAAUAUUCGAAUAUCGUAACUUUUAAUUUUACUAUCGCAAUUUACAUAAUAUGCAUUCGAACUAGUGUCUUAUUUACGGGUGUAUAGGGAUUGUAGAGGAUCAAUUCCUACACGCAGGGCCGUAGUAAAGCAAAUAAUAAUUAUUAUUACGAAUCCAAUUAUCAUAUGGGCUGUGGCUAUAGCUAAUAAACGGUGUUCGGUUAUUCAAUAAUAUCUGAUGAUAUUGUAAUAUUCCGAAUAAUUGGGUGCAAAGCAACUGAAUGUAUACCCACUAACCACUUAGAUUACUUAUUACAGCCUACGGCGAUAGGAAACGAUUAAUAUAAAAUAUAAACUAUGAAGGGUAACAAUAAUAUACUUAUCUAUCCUGAACGGAGUAUCCUCAGCAACAAUGUUGAUUUUGAAUACAGGUAUAAUUAUAUUUAUUUAUUGUGUUGAUGAGAAUAGGUAGUAGGAAUGAUAAAACAAACACUUGAUUUACUUAAAAACGAUGAUGUCGGAAUGUUAGAAGCCGGAGGAACAACACGCACUCGCGAGAAGACGAAAUAGAUGACGAGUCGCCAAGGCAGGAUUCGGUGGCCGAAUGAAUCGAGGAGUCUUUUAUGAGAGAAAAAGAGGAAAAGAGCUGGGCACUGUUGUUCGGUUCUCAUUAUCAUGUGUUAUUAUUAUGUUGAAAUAUUUAAUUGUUAUACAUACUAUUUUGUAUUAAUCUAAAUUGACUUAUAAACUGAUAAAAUAAAGUGAUGUCCACUAUAAUAAAAUGUAGUGUAGACAAUAUUAAUGUUAUAUAAUAUUAUAUUUUGAUGUAACUAGUUGACCAAUAUUAAAAUUACGAUACACACCAUAUUGUACAUAUCAUUAAAAUAUUAUUGCAAUGCGUAAUUUUAUUUAUUGUUUUUCUCUGUUAAUGUGUUGUCGAAAUAUUACAAUUCCAUCGGUCGUCGAUGAGCCGAGUUUAAAGUAGGAAAAAACGGACAUACUCGCGUGCUAUCUGAGGGGAAAUUCAAUGUAAAUCUGUGCGUAAUGAUUAACGAUUGCUAACGAAAAACGAUUCUGAGCGGAGUUCGGUUACACGUGUUUUGAAAGGCCGUAACAAUUGAGAUUUGAAAAUAAUACAUUUUGUAAAUUGUCCCGUUUUUCCUAAGUCAAAUAUUCCGGUUAUUCUCAUUUGUUAUGAAAACCCCCGGGAAAACCAAAAAAUAACCUCCUUCAAGAACCAUCCCUGUAGACCAAUCUCCAUUCAGAAAUAGUGCUAUACUUGAAAAUCGGAGCGAAAUUUCUGACAAAAAAGUUGUUCGCAUAAAAAAUAAUAAUAAUAAACAUCAUUGUUAAAACCAAUAUUCAUGAGGCACUUGUUCCGCAAAAAAAAAACCAAAAAAAAAAAAAAAACAAUUCCAUUUCGUGUUCUAGUGUAUGCGAGUAUAAUUUAUAAUAUUAUGUAUAUUAGUUAUAUCUACGAUAAUAAUCUAUCGUCAUAAUAAUUUUUUGUAGAAUACCUGUUGUAAUUGUUGUGUAUGUGUGUGUGUGUGUGUGUGUGUAUUUAAUAUAUAGCAGUCAUGAGUGUAUACAGUACGCAAAACCUUCCCAUCACAACGUCUCUUCCUUCGAAAAAUUAUCUCAAUCCCCCCCCAGUGACAAAUUCUUAAAUACGCCACUGAUUCGAAUAGUAGCAAAUGCCGCGGUUAAAAAAGUACUGCAUGUUCGCAUGUACUCUGCCUAUACCGCAUAUGAUAUUACUGCGGGUUUCCGAUUAUACCGCACGACAUAUUAUUACCCGUUCAGAAUCCAAAAAUAAUACUUACGAAUUCUCAAACCGCGAGUAUUCCCGUACGUGGAUAAUCUCGAACGAUAAAAUACGUCGUACGGUGCGACAUAGUGUAAUAUUAUAUUCUACCUACAGUAUGCAUCAAAAGUAAUCGCGAACAGAACCUUUUGGCGUUCGCGAUAAUGCCGUGUUUAUAACGUAUUAUGCAACGGCCACGAAUUUUCAAAGUCGAUUAAGCACGUACCGUACCGGGGUGCUUGUGCAAGUCGCACACUUAUCUUCCGUACACCGGAUAUCCGUAUUCGUAUAAAGUUAUUUACCCCGCAUAAAACGUAUUUCAAACAUGACGUAUUAUAUUAUUAUUGUACGUUUUAAAAUAAUGAUAAAACAUUUUUUUUUUAUUUUCCUUUUGUAUAAUGCGGACAGUUUUGAUCUUUAUUUUACAACGUUUCCGUAUGUGAACAGGUCCGUUAUUAUCCCGCACAUUACAGACGAGGACUGAUAAAAAAGAACGUAUAGGACGGUUCAUAAUUUAGGGCAGUGAUUCUCAACGUGGCCGGUACCGCCCGCUAGUGGGCUUUUUUUAAUUUUGAAAGGGGCUCUUUACUUAAAGGGGCGCUAAGGGGUGGGGUGAUUGUACUGUGACUUUCAUUGUACAAAUAAUUCGCUAUUAUUAAAUUAUUAAUAGCAAACGCAUAACUUAUUGCAAUGAAAUGUAUACCUGCAUACAACAAAAAAUAAUUUAAUAAUUUAAUAUUUUAUACACACUGCAAUAACAGCGAAAUGGUAAUGAACAAGCUUUUAUCUUAUCGUGUCGAUGCCCAUAAGCUUCGUUUAGUCCCAUUUUCAUCCGGAUAUUUCCGAUAAUUGUACCUAUACUUGCAUUUAUUACAUAAAAUUAUAAUUUAGUGUGCGUGUAUGUUAGUUACACUAAUACGUAAUCAUGAUAAAAUGUCCGUGAACAAAAUGCGAAGAAAAUAUUUAUUUUUCACUUUAAAUAUAUGGCUGAAAAAAUAAACGGUCAUUUUUUUUAAAAAUUUGUUGUGGGUGGGCGGUGUGAGUUUUUGAAAGUCUAAAAGGGGCGUUGAGUAAAAAAAGGUUGGGAAACAUUGAUUUAGGGCAAAUAUCCACAAUUAUCGGAGAAAACUAUUGCAAUAAUUAUUAUGAAAUAAAUUCGAAAAUCCGAUGUACCCAUAUUGUACCUUGCACUUUGGAUCGUGGUCGUAAGUUAAGAGUAGAAAAUAUAAGAAACACAAUAGGACAGUUUAAUUUAUAGCUGUGCGCAACGGUACAUCGGUGCAAUCGGAAACGAUUCUAAAGCAAGUUUGGUUCAAAAUAUUUCGACACAUUUUGUAACUAGGUAUAAAAUUAUACUUGUUUGUUGUAAUUUGUUUUAUCAUGAACCAGUAAUUAUUUUCUUAGAGGAUUUUAAACGAAUAUGAUUUCUGUUUUUUCAAUCAUUGUGGAAUAUUACAAAACCGUUUAUAAUUUUUUACUCCUACUCCAUAUAUCUUAAAUAAGUACAUACUUUUGUUUUUCAAGCAAGAACUCCCCCUCCCCUUUUGAACGCAUACUCGAAUAGAGAAUAUUGUUUUCUUUUAGACAUUUUGAUAUGCGUAGACCGGAGGGAUAGGUAAAGGUAUAAUGACUAAGGGCAUAAAUAUAUUUAAUAUAUUUAAAUGAUAAAUUCUUCCUUAUUGCUCCGGUCCAAACAUUAAACGGUUAUAAACUCACAAACGAUAAAUCUGAUAUUAAUGUUACGCAUAUCAAAUUUUUUAGACAAAUAUUCUCUGUUCGAAUUUGUGACCAAAAAGGGGGAUUCCUAGAUGAAAAACAAAAGUAAAUAAUUAUUUAAGAUGUACGGAGUAGAGAUAAAAAAUUUAAAAUAAAACUUAAACGAUUCCACAAUGAUUAAAAAAAAAAAAAACCCGAAAUCAAAUUCACUUAACAUUCUCCGAGAUAAUUGUUGGUUCCUGAUAAAAAAAAAAAAAAGUCACUCUAUAUUAAUCAAUGAUAUAUAGAAUUUUCGCGAGUAAAAUUACGUAUUAUCUAUUCACUUAUAUAGUAAUAGAUGUUCCAUUAUGUAAUCGGAAAAUAAAAAAUUCAAGAAAUUAAUAAACACGUUAAUGUAAUCAACUGCGACGCAGUUUACGAAUCGAAAACGAACUUGCGUGUCAUACGUGCAUUAUAUUAUAAUAUGUAAUAAUAAUUGUUGUAUUAUCGGUUUUUAUUUUUUGAGGAUCGACGUACCGUUUCGCGUAAAACCUGUAAUUACUACCUAUCGUUGUUUAACGUUUAAUUAACUAUCGUCAUCAGCUCGGCCGCGGUCGAUCAAAACUAGUUUUAGAAAACACACUCAAUACUAUUAUAGUGAUAAUCGUUUUUUCGUUAUACGGUAUACGUACAUAAUGCUUACAUAACGAGCGAGAAUAUUUAUUACGCUUUUCGUCUACCGAUUUUUAUAGCGAUUAUAAAAUAAUAUUCUCUUAAGGCGAAUCAAACGUCUAACCCGUCGAUUUUUUUUUUUUUUUUCGUGUAAUUUAUUGUUCUGUUAAUCAGUGAUUUAUACGUAUACGUACGUACAGUGUAUAAUAAUAAUGAAAUAAUUAAGUAUUUAAAAUACCUACCUGUACCUGUAACGUACACUUUUAGCCGAAUAUUAUUGUUACAAAAGUUAACUCUUUGAUCGCGGGUUUUUUUUUUUUUUUUUUACCGAUUCCCCGCGUUGUAUUUAUGUAAUGUAACGGCAUGAUAUAACGUACAUACAUGUACCAAUACAAUGUUUAUAAAAUAAAUAAUAAUUGGUUAUCCGACACAUUUUUAAUGCAGAUAAAAAAAAUUUAAAAAAAGACGUGUCCUAGAUUUAAACAUAGAUAAUAAUAAACCUAUAGUCGCUGACAUGAACCAAUGAAAAAAAAAAGGAGACUCGAUAAUUAGUAGGUAGCUGCUAUUGUAAUAUAAUCAUACAUUACUAAAUUGAUUUUUUUUUUUUUUUAAUCUAAAAAGAUAAUUUAAAAUCAAAUACACGCCAAUUAAUGCGGUCCAAUUGAAUAAUUUAAUACGGUAACACAUAUAAACUGUAUAAGUAAAGGUUUACGAUUUAAUCCAUAUACGUUUUAAAAUAUACUUUACAUAUAUGCGUGUUUCGACAGAAUUACGGGUUUUAAAAAAAAAAAAAAAAAAGUAAUAAUAAAAACUUAAAUAUGCAAUUUAUGCGCGAAACUAUAAUACGUACCUAUUUACCAGUUAUACUUUCACCGACAAGUGUAGUUAAACUACAAGGCACUUAAGUAGGUAUUAGUAUGGUAAACGAGAAACGGGGAAAAUAACGAAAACGUCCUCAAAACCGCGAUUUGCGAGGUUCGGUUAUCACGAUAAAUCAAAAGCAAAGUCGAGAAAUAAAACCGAUGAAACCAUUUAACAACAAUAUACCUGCAGCUGUCUCCAUCGGCAGCUCGGUAACAAACUUACACGCGGACAAACUUUCGCGUUUUAAGUAGGACGUUAUCGGUAAACGAUGUGGUGCGCGUCACGUAUCAACGGGGGGGGGGGCCGAUAGAUUUCAAAACGAAAUACCCGAUGCAAAUGCGCGUAUCGUACGUGCAGCGAUGAGCGAAAUGGAAACGGCGAUAACGGUUGUAUAUUACGUACCGGCUCGUAUGAUUUUUUUUGUUUUUUCUCGCGAGAAUUUCGAUUUCGCGGGAGCGUAUAAACGCGCGACGCGGCCUUGAUUGUACAGAGAGAGAAAAAAUGUGGUCCGAUUGUUGUCACCUGAAAAUAUUAAAUUAAUACAGGGAGUGUCGCGUGCGUAACACGAUGAUUCCAUUAUUACGGUAAUUCAAUAUAGCGCGGCACUAUACGCGGCGGCGGUUUGUCUAACGUUUCUGGAAACGGUAAUAAUGAUAACAUUACGUUUUGUUGUUUCGCAGCUGAAAGCGACCUGACGGCGUUCAGUUUGAAAACCGAUCAUUACAAGAGCAAACAAGAACUGGACAAGAAUCUACUGUCGGCGGAAAACCGACCGGCCUGGGUCAAACGACUUUACGACCAGGCCGGCGUGCCGAGCAAAGUAUACGCAAACAAACCGCACGUCCACAGGCUGUCGAGGAGAAAACGGUCGCUAGACGACAGUUGUAUACCCGACGACAUAGAACUCAGAAAGGUACGGUUUUUCGUUUAUUUUUUUCCUUUUUUUUUCUUUCGCAUAAUUAUUCGGCCGCGCGCGAUACAAUAACAAUAUUGUCAUUAUUCCGAUUGUUCGGGCUCGGCAAUAUGUUCAAUGGGCUUUUACCGAUAAAAACGUUUCGCGUUAAGUUUAAAACGUGCGUACAGUUUCGCACGCGUUAUGAAACCGUGUACUACGACAAACGCACGAUGACGGUGAUGCUCGCGCCAACACAAUGACGGUGGUUUUGUUGUUCUGCCGGUAAUUGCGGUAGACACCACUUUUGUCCAAACACGAAAAUGUUCCAACGAAUCUAUUAAAAUAUUAUUUAUGACUAGGGCUCGGAAGUCAUAGGAGUUGCGUAUUUGUCCGUGUGCACCGAGUUUAUAACGGACCAAGCUAGAAAUACUUUCUAUACGGUGUAGAGUUUAAAAAUCGAACAUUUAAAUUGCGUUAUUGUAUAUUUCCUCGGUUAUAAUUGAUUCUCGCAUAUUUUUAUGCGUAUUUAAUAUUUUCUAAAAAAAAUUGAUUUUUUUUUUUUCUUUCUCAACCAAUUUAUUUUACAUAAUAUUAAAUUCAAAACACUCAAUAUUGUCUGACGCAGUUAUUUGUUAUUAUUUCUUUCCGUCUCAGUCGAUUAUUAAUAAUGAAAUUAUAUGUUUUUGAACGAUAAACUGAAGAAUUUGUUGCAUAUUUAUUCAAUUUUUUUCAUGCAUAUUUUAGAAUGUUUUCGUGCAUAUUUUGUCUUUUUUAGCUUCUACAACUUCCGAGCCCUGACUUUAUCCGUGUACGUAUUAUUAUGCGAUUACGAGUACUACAGGUAUAAGGCGGUUUUAUAUUAUUUUUUAGAGUCUAAAAUAUUAAGGUCGUAAUAUUAUGUCCCGUAUAAUGAAUCGGCGUAUUAUUGAAAAUGACAAUACAACAUUAUAUAGUGCAGGUCAUCUGGACAACACGAAAUUAGAAGCUCGACAACUAAAGACCGAACCUCCGAUACGAUUUAUGGACGGUGAAAUCAGUUUGUCGUUACGCAUCUCAUAAUAUAUCGGUCGAACAAACUUACUGUAAUAAACACCCGUGUGAUAAUAAUAUGGUAAAAUCGUAAUUUUAGAUUCUAAAUUUUAAAUUGUAGUUCCUCAGAGCGAAAUAAUCUGAGAGUAAAGACGUGUAGGAAAAUUUCGUUUUCAUACGAAAACGUUUUCGUUUUUUUUUAUUGCGUUGAAGUACAUCUCAUAUCAAUCUCGCUAUAGUACAUUAAUUGCGAUUUUCGGUCGUUUUUUAUAAAUCGAAAUUAAGCUAGUUUUGCUUAUUUUCCGUGUAAUAUAAACGUGGUUUUUGCGAGUUACCGCCGUUAGUUGGACUGAGACAAUACAUAAGUGGGUAUAGCGUCCUCUUAACAUCGAGAUUAAAAUAUUCAAAACACGCGAUGUGCGUCCGUUAAAUUCUAUACGCGAGUUUUUGGCACAGUCGUUAGUUAGCAUUUCAAACGUUUAUAUUAUUUUGUAUGCAAUACACACGAAUUCAAUAAAAAAUGUUUUUUUCUCAAAUUCAGCCGGAUCACGCGUACUAUAACGAUAAUAUUACGAUCGUAUUAUAGCAAUAAAGGACCCGGCGGACUUUUUGUAUGUACAAUAAAAACGAUAUUAUGCCCGCGAAUUUAACCGUUCGGCGUACACGAUUAUAAUAGUAAUGAUAAUAUUGUAAUACCUGUUGAACGUGCCCGGUUUCGCGCGGAAGUGCGCAAAAAAUAAAAUAAAAAUAUAAGUAUAUUUAAAAAACGAAAUAAUAAUAAAAAAAAAAAAAAAAAUAGGAAGAGAUUAAUUAUUAUUAAAACCGGACGCAACAGGUGUGCGCUGAACGGUCGUAAUAUAAUAAUCCAAUCGAAUCGUCACACACGGUACGAAAUAAAAUACGUUUUGAACCACGAUAAUUCGUUUUUGUCCAUUGUUCUUCUCUCGUUCUCGUAUAUUUGUACGAAACAUCGGUAACUCGUUUCCAACGCAAGCACGGCGUUUAUGGAGGGGGGGGCAUAGGGACCACGCAUGGCCCCCUCCAGGACAUCAAACAACCGAAAAAUAAUACCUAAUUUCUUUCAGACAUCUGUAUAAAAAUUCAGUGUUAAUAAAUUAUAAUCAACUCUGUUGAUGUUGUGCUAUCACAUUAAGCGGUCAGCGGUCACAUUGACUGACUGACGUCUGGUCAUAUUAGUUGAAAGUAUUGUUUUUGAACCAAAAGGAUAUUGCCCCCUUCCCCCUGAAAGACGAAUCAAAUCCGCCACUGUUUCGACGGGUAAUACAAGUAUAUUAUUAACAAUAAUAUAUAAUAUAUAUAAUUAACACUGAAAAACAUAGUUUUUCUUUAAAGUUGAUUCAACGGGAAUUAAUUUAUUCGUAUAUUUCUCCAGAAAAUUUUUAAAUGUUUCAUUCUGUAGUUUUUGCAAUGGGAUAUUUGACACAGAUCAUGAUUGAAAGAUGAUUUUUUUAGAUGAUUCGGUAAUUAAACGUUGUGCCUUGCUUGUACUUUGUUUUUGGUUUUUAUUUUUCAGUUAAACUCCAUGAACAUGUUUUUUACGCGAAACAUGCUGCUCGAUGGUAAAUUUUUUGUCAGCUGCCACUUUUACCUCGAAAAUUUUGCAAAAUAACACAGUGCCAUCGGAUGAAAACACUUCUUUGCCAAAAUGAUUUACAAAUUUACAAUUUAAUCGAGUGUUAUCCGAAACUUUGUACUUGGGCAUAUUGAAUAUUUAAAUAGAAAAGUUCACCAUCCGUCAAUCACACCGCUACGUCCGUGCCGUGUAUUAAUCUAUUCUCGGUAAAACUGUUAAAUAAAUAAAAUUAUAACUUAUCGAUAAGUUAUCCAUUCCAUUGUCGAUAACGCAGAAGAAACAGCACAUCAAAGUAAUGCACGUGUGUACAGACUACAGGGCCUAAAUUAAAUUUAAAACGGAGAUAAGAAAUAAUGUCAGUAACACAAUAUGUUGUACAAUACGUUAGCUUUUUCAAAUAUUUAGUUAUGUCAAAAUAGUAUAUAAGAAAAAUGUGAAAAAUGCAAAUAUAUCUAUAAAACUGCAAAGAAUGCUCCGAAAUUACUAAAAAGUGACCGUAUAACCAAAAAUUACCAAAAAAAAAAAAAAAAAUGCAAAAUAAAAAUUUUUCCGUUGAAUUAUACACGACAUAAGUCACGUUUCUGUAAAGACAAGCCUCGUAUAAACGCAUUAGAAAAAAAGAUGCAAAUGCAUCCGGGCCCUAAUCAUUAGAAAAUAACGUCGCGACAAUCGAGUAUAAAACAUCAUUUCGAGCGUCAUCAACAAGAUUACGGUUAUUGAUUCUUUAAUAUUUAUCGUAAUAACAAAUUAUACGUAUAAAAACGAAAAAAAAACCGAGACGCGUAAACAAUAUUGUAAAUUAUUAAAUUUCCAAGUUGUUGUUGUUUUUUCGACAGUUACAACUUAUAAAUCAUUUUUUGUUAUUUUUAUUAUUAUUUUUUUUUCAACACUGCUCGAUACGCGUCGAUAUCGAACACUGUUUACGUCAAAGAGAAUCACGACGAUUCGAGUCGAAAAAUAAUAUCAUACGUACAAUCGAAAUACUAUAAUCGUUUCGUUUUUUUUUUUUUCUGUCCGUCGUUAUUUUCAUUAGAACGUUUUUUUGUUUUGUCUUUUUCUUUCACAUCGCCAAACGAAAUCCGAAUCAGACGCGUGGCCGUCGACAUUUAUUGUGAUGUAUAUAUUUUUAAAAUAACGCGUUAUACUAUUAUUUCGGAAUGUCCUAAUACCGCCGCAAUAAGAAAGUUCCCUAUUAUCACGUUCGGAUCUGCCCUUGGAUCUUUCGAAUACUAUCGCGCCGCGUUUAGAUGGGAAAUAAAUGCUACGCGGACAAUGAUAUUCUCAAUCGUGGCCGGUCAAGGUCGCGUUUUCGUCUUGUUAGCCGCACAGAACAAUGCGUACGGAGAUUCGACUCGGACCGCGCCGAACAUGCGGCCUGCGGCGGUGUCGGAUGUGCUUUAAGUAUAGAAAAACAGUAUUGUUAUUUUUAUCUAUCGUUAUCACGGACGAUACAUGCCGUACACAUUAUGUUGACGAUUCGACAUGAUGUACGGAAAUCAAAUUAAACCCGAUGGAUUUCAUUCGAUUAGAAAUAAACGAAACGUACGUACAUACACACACACAUAUACGAGUAUACAAGGUAUGACCAAUAAGUAAUGAGACUAGUUCAAUAAAAUACGUAUAUUUAAAUAUUAAGAUACAUCGAUGUGAUCCCCUUCAAAGUACUCCCCUCCCACCCCUAUACACUGGUUCCAACGUUUUUUCCAGCUCUCAUAACAUUUCUGGAAGGCUUCGACUGGAAUGUCCUGAAAUCCUCGUCACGGCGUUCUGGAUAUCAGUUAUGGACUCAAAAUGCGUUCCUUUCACGGCCAAUUUUGUUUUGAGGGAACAAAAAGAAGUCGCAGGGUGACAUAUCCGGCGAAUAGGGCGUUUGUGGCAACUCUGCGAUGUUCUUAGAGGUCAAAAAUCGCGACACACUGAAGGCACGCCGAAAGGUUCUUCGGUACCAUCUUUGCACACAGCUUUUUCAUGGACAAAUCAUCAGUUAAAAUUUUUCUGACGGUUUCUCGUUUCAAAUUAAGUUCAUCAGCCAACAUUCGAACGGUUAAACGCCGAUCUUGAUGCACGAGAGUGCGCACACGCUGAACAUUGUUGUCAGUUCGAGCUUCAACCGGUCUCCCACUUCGCGGUUCAUCCCCGACGCUUUCACGACCAUUUUUAAAAUUUUUAUGCCAUCGAAACACCUGAGCACGACUCAGGGCUUCAUCACCGAACACUUUNCGGAAUCGCCGAGUUUAACGCAAAAUUUAUAUUACGUUGUUCCAUAUUUGUGACACGCCUUACAAACACGUUGUCGAAAACAUAACACAACUGGAAAACUAAUUAUUGUACGAAAACCGCGAGCACAUGUAUCGAUAGAGGAGGGAUGAGAGAUUAACCGAACGAAGUUUCAGAUUCGCAGUAUUACCACAAGCGUGGAAAAAAAACAGUCUCAUUACUUAUUGGUCAGACCUCGUAUACCGUGUGAAAAUGCUAAUUUAAAACGCUCUAUAUGCUUUGUACGGAGCCGUGCGAUUAUAAUUUGUUUUUUUUUCUAAUCAAUUAUUACAUCUAUAUCGGUACUUAGACGUUUACACGCAAUCGACAUUUUUUACCGCCUAUCAAAUGUGCGUAACUUAAACGGCAACUCCGCCCUCACCCCUCACCUCCCCCCCGUUUUGACCGCUUAUUAUUUUUUCACGGACUUUUUCGUGAAUUUCAAUGGUCAAACCCGCUGUUCCAAGUCCAAAAUUAGCCGAUAUACGGCAAUUUAAAGUUGGGUUUUGAUAUUUUUUUUUCAGAUACGAAGAAGACGACGAUUGAUUGACGUUAAUAACGGUGAUUUUAAAACGCGACAGAGAAUAAUUAUACCCCAGUUGUUUACGUUUCUAUUACAAUAUUUUAAUAGGUGUCGUGAAAAAUAUUAUGAAAUCGACUUGUCUAACUUAUUAUUAUUGGAUAUCGAAUAAAUUUAAAUUGCCAUAUCUCGGAUGAUUUCGGACUCACAAUUUUCAUUGAAACGUGCACGAAAUGUCGCUACGAUAAAAUUCAGCUAUAAUAUACAGAUAUCAUCAAUAUUCCAUAAGUACCUAACAGUUAUUUCGAUUAUUAUCGACAUUGGCCUCGAGUAAUCGGUUUAAUCGAUUACAUUAACUGUUUUAAAAUGAUAAUUAACGAUAACAUUUAUAUUAUAGUCAAAACAAUUAAAUGGAAAUCCGUUUUUUAUCUUUAGAAAAAAAAAACAAAAACAAAAACAUGGUCAUUUUAAUAACUUGCAGUACAACAGCUUAUCUACGCGUUCAAGUAACAAAGUUUAUAAUCUGUCUGUACUUCCGUUGGUUAUUCUUUGUUUUGUUCAUUACCAUUGUAACCUAUUGUGGUGUAUCGAUUUAAUGUCCGUCAGAAUAAUGGAUCAUAAAUAAAAAAAAAAAAAAUAAUCAAAUAGCCCUAGGUUCUAUUUAUUAUGAAUCGUAGAGAAAACACCCAUUCCCAUUUGGUAUAAUCACAAUGGAUAUUAUUAAAUUUUGAUGUUUAAUUAUUACAGCCUGCAGCAAUCACCAAACUCCGUCCUUGGACGUCAGAAGAAGUUCUUGGGGAUAUUACCGUGGCUCCUGAUUGUUCAUCGAGAAUACCUAGAGACCCAAGUCCUAUAUCUGAAGACCAAAUUGACCACAAGUUGCCGUCGCCCGAAGAACAGCAGCAGGUGAUCGCACUGAAGUAAGUCAUAAUAUUUUUAUCGCAACACAAAUAGAUUUUCGGUCAAAUAUUUGGUUUCAUUUUAUUAAAUCCACUGUUUGAUUUAGAUUCCCGCCACAAAUAGUCGAAGUUGACGUAUCUGGCAGGAGUUUCAACCGUAUGAGCGCCCUUAGGAGAUCUCUGCAGAACGUUGAAUAUGAAACGUCUGUUAGACGACGAAAGAGCAGAAGGCCAAGAGGCAUGAGAAGGAACACCAUCGCUGGCACCGAUCAAAAAGAAUUAGAAGCUGUUAUUGGGUAUGCUAUAAGCCGAACACAUUUUAUAUUUUUAAUCAUUCAAACAGUGUGUUUAAUAUGUAUUUUUAUUUUAUUUUUUCGUAGCUCUUUGUCAGAUAGUAAUAAAGAUUCUGACGACGUUGUGUCCAGCAGCACGACCGUAGUGGUAACUGAGAAAAAAUCUAAUCUCGAUUUGUUGAGAGAUUGGGGACGGAUGAGAUUGAAACAGUUGAAAAACAUAGAAUCGUCCACGGCGGCAGCCGUUAAACUGAGAGAAAAAGGAAAAGUCGGGUUGGCAAGAAGAAAAUGGGAUAAGGACGAACCCGUGCAUUCUUCGUCUGGCAAUUGGUCAGCUAGUUCAGAGAGUGGGCAAUCAACUUCGACUAGUCACAUACCAAGGUGACCAACGAAUUAUUUACUAAAUACUAUGUCUAAUUUCUUUGUAUUUAUGUGUCAUCUAUAAAGUUCGCAAAUUAGCGCGAUUAAAUUUACGUAUUUUCGGAACUAAACGAUUUUAUGUCAAAAAUACCAAUCCAUAAACCAAUUCAAUAUACUUUUCAAACCAUUAAAAAUAAUUCAGAAACUAGAUUUUUUUUUUUUUUUUUUUAUUCUUACAGGAUUAUUUAGAAUAUUAAAUAGAAAUAUAGGUACGUACAUUUGUUUUUCAAUUAUUGUUCAAAUAAAAUUAAAAAAAGAAAUACGUUUCGUUAUUUAUGCGUACGCGUUUAAAUAAAACGAAAAUCAAACAUGUCCGAUUAAAAUGUAUAAACAACCCAACAUAACCACGUUCAUAUUAAAUCAUUAUACUUAAAAAUGACAUUUUUGUUUAAUGUAUACUGUAUACAUUAUGCACACUACGGAGAUAAGACACCCUAUUUCGUUCAUUAUGUUUAGUACACAAAAUUUAAAUCCAUACCUAUGUAGAAAGAAAACAUCGCGACACACAAAAACGUUGAGAAUCAUAAGUAAAUCAUUAAAUAACGAAAUAUUCGUUUGAGUUUCGAAUGUAUUUACCCGAUUACCCAAUAAUUAUAACUAGGUACCUACCUAUAGUAAUAAUUGUGUAUAUUUCACAGAACAAGUCUGUAACAAUUUUAUAACUAAAAUAAUUGUAAGUCUAUAAACGCAAUACAAAUACACCGUAAAAUUAGUAAUUAAACUAAAUAACAUAUUAAAGGGGUUUUUGUUUAACCGGGGGGGGGGGGGAAUAAGGGACUCGCGAAUAUCGCAUGUGUUAUAUUUGAUUAUUUACACACAAUAUAGACACAGCGUUUUUAAUCUGGAAAAAAAUUCGAAUUCUCUCCGCAAUUAUGAACUAUAAUAUGAUUGUAGACAAAUUAAUUAUUAUAACAAUGCUAGUACAGUUAAAUGUAAUCUUAGAUUGUAUUAGUGAGUAAUAAAUUACCAAUCUAUUACGCAAACAACAAAUACGUCGGGUAACUCAUUCGCUUUCGUCACACGUGCAGAUAUCCGCACUUAUUCUCGCCUUCCACAUCUCCCGACGGAUCACCGUUUCUUCAUCCAUUUCUACUCCUGCGCGUGCCCUCGUAUAUCCUCUAACAAUGUACAGCCGCGUUUUCUCAUCCACUCCUAGGUGCGUAACUACUAAAUACUAAUAUCGCGUUUAAUCUGUGAAUUCGGAGUCUCAACGGCGAUCGUCUAUAGAAUUUUAAAACGAUUGUAUUAUUUGCCCAUAGGAUACUCGGGAGUUGGGUUAGUAUAGUCAGCGAGCGUGUUGCGGUUUAAAACCGAUCGUUUUGGACAAUAUAUUGCGAAAUAGUUUUGAAGAACGGUAUGAAAAUACGACGCUCAUUAUCUGUGUUUUGCAGGUCUAGCGUUAGUAGUUGUAGUGGGAGUACGAGUACAAAGCCCACUUAUCACGGAGGCAGUUCUGUCACUAGCGACGAAGGUGAAACCGGUUCCACGUAUUCUUGCGACACCGAGGGUUAUUACACUUCGUUCCACGUCGAUAGCGGUUUGAAAACGCUCCGGGAAGAAGAGCCCCUCCAACCGAUGUCCGCCCUACAUUCGACUUCGGCGCUAACCCCGAGCUUCCAAUCGUCGUCGGCCGAAAGCGAGUACGAUAUUUUCGGCAGGGGCAGCACUUCGACUACUGCGAGCUCAGCGGGCACGGUGUGCACAUCGUUAAUGGUAUCGCCGCCGAACGUGCCAGAAAGAAGCGGUAGCAAACUUUCCGAAAAAACAGACAUAUACGGCGGCUCGCUGCCCGACAGAAACGCCGCGCACCACGGCAGUCCGAAGGACUCGAUGUACGACAAAUCGAAAACCGCCCCGUCCAGACUGACCAAGGAGAACGUCACGAGGUAUAAGGAAGAGGGGCUGAUGAUCGACGUCAAACCCAGACCGACUCUGGAACACUGCGGGGACUCGCCGGACAGCGGGCACAACACGUGCAGUUCUCCGGUGGACUCCAUCACGAAUCCGUCGGUCGACAUGGAGAUGUCGGAGUGUUCCGAUCUGGAGGGAAUCGACCGGGUGGAGAGAUUGAGAGUGAAGACGACCAUAAACACCAGUCGCAUACCGUCGAUGUGCGUUAUUACGCCGCCGAUCAGUGACGACGAGGUGAGCCUCAAGGCGCUGAUAGCGCCCGCGAUGGAGACGGAAGACUACGGCGAGUACGUGACGUUGGCGCACAUAAUGCCCGAACUGGCGGUCGCGGAACCCGCGGAGCCCAAAGGAUACGUGCACCUGACCGAAUUGCCGGCCGGGUCGCUGGAGCGCAAAAAGGUCACCGGGGCCAGGGUCACGUUGAACGCCGAGGGCAGGGUGAUAUACACUUCGGACAGUCUGAAACGGAGGAAGAAAAUCCACACGACCAACACGUUCGAGCCCGGCCCGUGCGUAAACGCCAACGUCCAGGUGGUGGCCAACAAGGCCAACGUUUUGUCUCAAGUAGGCGUCGAAAUGUUUAUAACGCGCGGCCGCGGAUGAGCGCGCGUCAGAGUGGUACGAUAUCAUUACUCUGUUUUUUUUUUUUUUUCAGAUCAUACCCCGUUCUCCGCUGAUCGUCCGGCCGGUCACCAAACAGCAGACCCCGUUAUCCGCCGCCGCCGCCGCCGCCGCCGCCAGGAAACUCGGCCCGGUGCGACAAAACGCGGCCGGCCCGCCGCUGAAACCGCUGGUGCCCAUACCGCUGGCGUGCUCGCCGGGCCAGAGGCGGGCCAAGACCGCGUUCCCGUUGACGGUGGCCGUGAGCAGCGGCACGGUGCUGAACCGGCCGCAGCCCGUCCGGGUGGUGUUGCCGGACAACAGCCGGACACCCGCCAACACCGGGAAACCCGUUUCCCCGUUGAUAUCGCCCACCCGGCGCAGCCUGUCGCCCAAGGAGGUCGUGAAGGGCGCGUACGUCCGGAUGCAAGACCCCACCGAGUGCCUGGAAACGAGCCUGGACGACGACGUCAAGUCGGUCGUGAAGCGCAGCGACAGCUACAGGCAGGCGAACGCCACCAGCCCCCGGCUGACCGCCAAGUCGCCGAACAUGUUAGUGGCGUUGCAAAAAGCCCGCACCGAAAACACCCAAGGUAACGUUCAUUUUACAGACAGAACGGAUAUUUGGUAGGCGCCCGCGCGCGCAACGCACGCAUAUUGUUUAGUGUAUAGUUACGAAUGUACGUACUGUCCCGCACCGUAUUUGAUAACAAUGUAUAGCCUUCUGUGUACAUACUAUGUUAGACAGUAGUCGCUCGGCGCCGUCACGGCUAUUGUAUUUUGUAGAUAAUAUAAUUGUGCGCCUGUAUAAAACAGCGGCGUGUCCCGCGAAGACGCGCCCGCCGUACCCGCGUCGCGAUAAUGUCUCUCCCGUGAUAACGGACACGCGAACGGUUCGACAUUUUGCCGCCGACCCCCCAACCCCCCCCCCCCGUGAAUAACGAACCUGCGCCGUUACCCGCGUAAUUUGACCCCCCAUCCCAAAAAAAAAAAAAAACGCAAUUUCGUUAUCGCGGGAAACAAUAAUAAACGCAACGGGUUGGUACGUCUUCGCGGGACACCCCGUGCAUUUACACUACUAGUUAUUAUUAAAUGUAUAGUCGAGCAUUUCGUUUCGCACACCCGCAAAAUCGGUCGCCGUUACGAAAACGACGAGUUUUUUUUUUUAUUAUUAUUAUUAUUAUCAUUUUUUUUUUUUUCCCCCAUUUCGUUUAUUUGUCCCCGUUCGUUUAUUUGUACAGUUUUUUUUUUUUUUUUAUAAUUUUUCUCUCUCUCUUCUUCGGCUCCGGCGUAAUUAAUAUCAUAUUAUUAACAACGGACGGAUCACGACAAAACGUUCCGAAUUAAUAUCCAUCCAAAACUAACGGAAAAGCCACGAAUUAUGUUCCUAAUUUAACGUAUCGUUUAUGAUAUUGUUUAUACAUAUUUAUAUAAAAAAAAAAAAAAAAAAAAAAAAAACCUAAAAAAACNCUUUUUUUUUUUUUUUUUUUUUUUUGGUGUGAAUUGCAUGACGUUUCGGGUUUUUUUUUCUGUUUUUUUAUGUACCUAUAAUAUUGCACGUAGAGUUUAAGUUUUCGAUGUGUGUAUAAGAAUAUUUGAUGUUUGUUAAACGUUUACAAUGAGCACGACGCGCGUACGCGCGCACCUAUCGUAACGGGCACGGCCGAAUAGCCGACUGCGCUACGGCGUUGUUGCGGUCGGUUUUUCGGCCGCGCGCGAUGGUUUCUGAACGAAUGUGGACGCAAGACAACGACGGAAACGUCGGUUUCCGCGGCGACGCUGCGACUUAUUGUACGUUUUACCAGGCCGCGUGAAAACGGACGCCGAAACGUUUUCCGGAGCCGGAUUCGCUGCGGGUUUCCGACGGCCCGGGAAUCGGCAGGGAACGCGCGGAACAGCCGGAAAACGUCUCGGCCCCGCCGGCGCGAAACGAACCGUGUCGAGCAGACCAGAUCGCGUCAAUUUCCCUACAGUCGGACAUAAUUUAUUUACUGAUUACGGCGGUCGGAAACGGUCGUCCGAAUUUCCCCCCGUUCGCGUGCAAAUUGAAAAUUGUUACUCGUUUGCCUAAUGGAGAAUAGACAUGGCCGCUAGUCUAUUAUAGUCCGAUCGAGAGGAAAGGGACACGAAACAGAGAUGAAACGGAGACAACAGGGAUAAUACUCGGCGGGGGGGGGAUGGAGUUUGAGACCGAUAAGCCGGAGCAAAAAAAUACGCCCACUGCAGUUCCCCCCAAUUCUAAUUUUGAAAACACUACGUUUGAAUUCUCCGAUUUCUUGUGCGCACGUUGUUGGAAACGUUUGUUCGUUUUUAUUUGAUUAAUUUAGUUUGGGAAAAAAAAUGAAAAUAUUUCCACUUCGAAACGUACAGGAAAGAAGUCGAUUCGUUUCUAAAACCGGGAAUAGAAAGGCUCACACUACCGGAAAUAUGUUUCACCCCUAGAUUGUUGGUCUAAAUGUAUGGGAAAAAAAAAAAAAAAAAAAAUAGUAAAAUAAACAAAAAACGAAUCGCUUUCCAACGCCAGUAUAGUUUUCAUUCCGGCCUCGAUAUGAUUUACGAUUCGCCACAUAUACACGCUCCGUUUGCCCGAUACCUUCGCUCAAUGUCCAAAACGCCCGAUGCUCGACUACGUGUUAUCGUGUUCGGCUACGACGUACAAUAAGUCAUAUCGUCCAUCAUCUAAGUAACUUAUUACGACGGUUAUUAUUAUUAUUAUAAAUGAAAAAUUGCAUGAGAAAUUUCAAUAUUUCACUCUCCGCGUUAUCCGUGGUAUUCGCUCGGGUCGAAAUAACUAUUUCCGUCGGCCGUUGUCCAAAACGCAUUUUUAAGUACACGUAAUUCGAUAAACAGGCUCGCCGACUACGACGGCGAGACGCGGGCAAUUGGCGCGACACAUUGCCGUUGAUCCGAAAUUUUCGUUUCGAACACAGUCGACGGCCCGUCCCGUCGCUAUUUUCCCCCUUAAAAUCCCACCGCAUGCGGACGACUGCGAACACGACUGCCGCCACUCCGAUGAUCGUGUUAUAGGACUCGACGCAGUGGCGUAACUUGAACUUCUAAUGCCCGUGGACAAAUAUUGGCAUCGGUUCAAGACCGAUGAGAAAAAAAAAAAUGUGAUCGGUGAUCGCCGAAGGGAUAACGGUCGUGUUCGCAAAGAGCGGGGCACUGGGGACGCUACGGUCAUGCGGGAUCGGGAACGGAAGAGAAAAAGACGGGAGGACCGGACGUUCGGUGCGUAAAGCCAAGUGUCGCCGUUGUGGUUAUCUAACCUGGUUAGCGGACGGUAACACGAACGCGUUCGGUCAGUGGCUCGAGGUUUAAGACGUUAUACCGGUCGGACGACGAAAUGCGAUGAGGCGACCGUCAAACUGAAUCCGUUUGUCUGAAUCGUGGUCGCGGGGAGCUCCGUGUGAGAAAAUUAUAUAUACUAAAGCGGCCUGCGUAUAAUUGGUACACAAACCGUGGAUAACACGAUUUAUCUUGCACGCGUACGUCCCAAAUCGCGAUAGAUAAUAACGAUCUAAAUAGAUUGAUAACAAUAGUUCAUAAAAUGCACACCGAGAGCGCCAGAGAUUACAGUUCCACAGUAGCCGAUUUGGCGAUUCAGUUUCGUCGAUCACGAAUGGAGCAACCAUCACCGUACCCGUCGUCCAACCCGUAUAAUGCCUUUAACCCCGUGGUCGGUGGUGGUGGUCGACGGCCCGGGAAUACUAUUAUUAUUAUUAUUUAUUCGAGCAACGUUAAAGUUAACAUUUUAUUUCAGAAAUCAUUAAUUUAUUGUCGUUUGGUUGAUGCUUGUUGUUAUUUUGUUAAACACGUUACUGAUUUAGGCUUAAGUCUAUAAUAAAAUAUUAUCCUAUUUUUUUUUUUUAUUUUUUUUCUGAAGAUGAUUUUUAAAAAAAUAUUUUAAGUAUUGUAGUUCACUCGAUGAGAUUUAAAAAAAUACAAUUCAUUUGUUAAGCACAUUAUUGUAUCAUUAUUGCCAAUCUCGAUAAAAUACGCGAUAUUAAACCGUUGUAUCCCCGUAUCCCGUUUGCUCGCGUCUCGAACGAACAAAAUAACGGUGACAUCACUCGCUAAAUUAUUAUUUAUAUUUCAAUGUAAUGCUGUGCGCAAUUAGAUUGAAAACGAAAGUGUUUAGUCGGUUCAAAUCGUUUUGUUAAAAAAUGGCAAAUAAAACGAACACCAUAUAGAGACGGGCAUGACCGAUUUCCGCCAAAAAAAAAAAAAAAAAAAAAUGUACCUUUUCCUGUUCCGACAAUUCAUUUUUCCGCCAAAUGAAAAAAUUUAAUCUAAUAUUCGAAUAUUAAUGGACGAUAAUUGUACUCAUUACAAUAAUCAUUAAUUAAACGUUAGUAAGUUUUGCCCAAUCGUGUAUGCUAAAAAUAGACGUUUAUCAUUUAUUGAAUACAACAGGUGAAAAUUUGUUGUCGGUGCUCACAUAACGACUGUUCUUAUCGCAAUUUUUUACUCAAAAACCAUCGAAAACAUAAUAGCUUUUUUUUUUUUUUCAUUUAGUUCAGAAUUAUUUUUCCGUCGUCAGAUAUCCGUGUAGCGUACCGUAAUUCCGCCCAACGAUAAAUUCAUCGCCGAUUAUCGUGUUUUCCCAACGCUAUGGAUUAUGUUGCCAAUCUUGCUUGUUACACCAGUCGACACGUUUGAACCGAACAGCCGCGUUGUCAACAGCGAAAUAUAUUUUCUAUAGUUUAUAAUCAAGUACAGUUCCGUUCUCCGGGAUCCGUGCACUGCCACCGACUCGUCUGCUCCGGAGAGACUUCAAAGACGCUUUCCGUCCUCCGCUGGUCUUGCUUUGAACGUUCCCCGCCCCGUUCACGACUAUACUCCCCCUGUCCCCCCCCCCGGAGUCGGGCUUGUACAGGCCUAGCCGCCGAUAAACGUACAGAUGUCAAUCUACGUUUUUUCAGCUAAACUUUUAAACGGCCCAUUUGAUGCGCCCUCCGUCCUUUCCUGUAUUCGUUUCCGGGUUCCCCAGCGCUCCACUCGUUCCCGCGCCCUCUGUGCAAUACCCGACCGUACCGCGAAUUAUUGCCGCAAUCGUCCUCUUGACGCGUCUAGCCAACGCUCUCUCCGACCUAACUCAAUCGCUGCUAGCCGAUUAAAACUAAUAUUAAAAUACUUUCGUUUGUAUCAUUUUUUUUUUUUUUUUCUUUCCAUUCCGUUCUCUGGGCUCUCUAGGCUCGUUGUUAACGGUAAAUAAAUGAAUGAACAAUACAAUAAUAAUAAUAAUAAUAAUAAUUUAUGAUACAAUCGUUCCGUUAAUAUAUUGGAUUAAUAUUUUUUUAUCAUUCGGCGGAAAAAAGAGCGGUACAUUUUUGACGGGCACGGUACACAUAUUAUGGACUCGCCUAGAGAAUUGUAUCGAAUCCUUCUGUCGAUUGGCGAGUAUUUUUCAGACGAAUUCUGUGAAUUUUUUUUUUUUUUUGCUUCGUGUUUCACAACACGUCCCGAAACUUGCAUUUCAAAAUCUAUAUGUCGGUGGAUAACCUUCCGAAAAAUAUCAUUCAAACAGCAGCCGUACCAUAGCGAUACGCCCAAUAAUUGUAAAAAUCGUUUCGUCAAGGACAAUAUGGACGAACAAGGCAUCCUGUAUGUUUGUCAAUAAUAAUAGGCGCCCGUGUACCGCCUAAUCUAACAAUGUGAUAAUCGUGAAUUUCUGGCAAAACAAUAAUUUUUUUUUUUUUAACCGUCAACAGUGAACUAUAAUAUUUAAAAAAAAACAACCGUUUCGUGUACUCGUUGUGAACGCGACAGGUUUUUAUACCAAUGUUCGCGUACGAAAGUAUAGAAUAAUAAUUUAAUAAUAUUAUAAUAUAUUGUAGAUACGUUUUGAAUAUUAUGUGGAAAUUAUUAAUUACGUUUAAAUAGUUGUUUAUUUAAUUUUGCUAUACAAUAAUAUGAUAAAUUAUGAAUAUGAACGAUACCUCAAGUGCAAUACCACCCAUUGUGAAUAGACUGUAUAGAAUAAUAAUUGUAAAUAUUUUAAUAUUAUUAUUUUUAGAAUUGCAUGGACUUUUUAUACUAAUUAAACGGAUUUUAUUUAUGUUAUAUUUGAGCUAAUUAUUUAUUAUUAUUAUUAUUAUUUUUUUAAUUAGCAAUUUUAUAAUAUUUAUUGUUCACCUUGUAAACAUUGUAUACCGUGUUGAGUUGACUUUUUAUGCUCUUGUGGGUCUCUCACAGCUAUACGGUGUAUUGUGAAUUUUUAUCCAUACACACACACACGCACACACACACAUACACGCACACACACACACACACACACACACACACAUUUUAAUACAUUUAAUGUUUAGCCCGUAUCACUUAUUUUAGCUUAAAUUACUCAUCACACAUCGCUUGGGUUUACGUAAACAAACUAGUCAUCUUAUCUAUGCCGAUGUUUGUUACCAAAAGUUUUGAUUUUCACUUUUGAUUGGUAGCUUAGAUAGUGGUAUUUGAAGAUUAUUAACAAAUUAUAUAGUCUAACGAAACCAGGUAAGACAUAGUCACGUAUUAUUAUUACAUUUACAUUACAAUAUCUACUAACACUAAUAAUUAUUACAAUAUUAUAACACUGGGAUGCUGAUGGUUUAGAAAUUGAUAAAAAAAAAAAAAAAAAUGAUAUUUACAUUGUGAUUGCGAAUAACGAACGUUUCUGCGUUUCAGUACGAUUAUCGGUACAUUCGUUCGUUUUGCGUCUAAAUUACGUAUUACACGUAUUUCACGGCCGUGCUCCUAUACAUGCAAGGUGGUUAUUCAUUGUGAUCCGUCCAAACAGAUAAACUUGUUAUCCCGGAUAGUUUUAACUUUUUAUUUGACAUUUUUUUUUUUUGUUAACAAUUAUUUGAAAAACGAACCGCUCUGUAAUAUUACAUUACCAUUAUAUUUUUAAGGGUGAAACGAGUAAACGAUCACUAUCCGAUUUCUAUUUUAAAACGUCAACUUCUAUUGAAAAUUCCAUAAAUAUGAGAUGGAAUACAAAUUUAAAUGCAUUUUCGCUGUCGGCACUUUUGAUUACCGUCAAACCGCCGUCGAGGUAAUCCAAUUUUUAAGUUCGGGUGAUGGGAGAGUGUAGUGGAACGUUAUUGAAACGCCGCAUGCCGUCUAACACUCCGUGUAGUCACGGAAUUGUACGUUGCCAAUUGGAAAUUAAAAACCGGUAUAAUCGUUCCACCUCCCGCUGUCCCCGAAAAAAACAGAUGACAAAAAUAACGGUUGUGUAUAUCAUUUUGGAGUUGAUUGUUUGCACGGUUUUGAAAAAAAGCUAAUACUUUCCGAAAUAAUCACUGAUUCCACCGAAAUCCACUUUCUAAUUUGUCGGACCAAACCUGAUAGCGAUCGCCUCGCGAACCUGUACGCCGCCGCUCGCCCGUAUUCGAUAAACUGCGCCGGUGUAUAAUGCAAACCCGCGCCUAGCUCCUAAAGCGAUAUGGGUAUUAUCGUAACAAACAGGAUGUUCAGAAUACGUUUUUUUUUAUUUAAAUUUGUUUUUUUCAUUUUUUUUUUUUCUCAACCGUAAUCGGAUCGGUUCGCAACGUUUAACUUCAUUCGCCAUUUCUCUCCUCUCUCCGGUAGUCUUCAGCGAGCCUCGUUAAUCCGGCGCAAAUGUCUAUACCCGCAUUUUUUUCCGAAUCGUCGGUUCCUGUCGGGUUCGACACCGGCGGUCGCGGAGUAAUAUUUUUCUCGAUAUUUCCGCGGCGCUUCCGAUUGCGUUCCCGCGUGAACGAGCGAACGGUGGUGGCCGGAGUCCACCGAACCGGGCGUUUUGAAAAAUCCGCUUCUUGCCGCGCAAUAAAAUAAUUACCGUUCCGCGGGCGCGCGAUCAAACAACGUGAAUUCGUAUCGGUCGGCCAGAAUCGACCCGGUGCCGGGACGGACACCGGACCACCGAAACGCGUACCGGCGUGCGGAACGGCCGCCCCCACACCAUACGCCCUAUUAAUAAACGCCCGUCUCCGGUUUCGAUCGCAUUGUGCGCCCGGUUUUCGUUUCGUUUUCCGUCGGCAACGUCGCUGGUUUUCGCAGCACCGCCGCAAUAUUGUGCCGACGGUUUUCAUAGCGGAGCGAAUCGGCCGACUGUCAUCGAACGCGACGCGAACAGAUCGUUACCCGCGUUCGCGCGCCGGAUUUUUCUCUCUCGGCACUUUAAUAGUUUUCCAACGAGACAUUAGCGUUUUCGAACGGUAAUGUUAUUCGCGCUCCGUGUGUCCGCCGGGCGCGAAUCUACUUUGGCCCACGCGUUCGCAAGACGAAACGGACGAAUGCACGUGUAGCGUCCUCCCGACAAUAAAUCCGCUGUCGUUGAAACGGCGACACGAAACUGAUCGCAAUUUUCGAUAAAAAAAAAAUCGGCCAUCAACGUCCCAGGCGCACGACAUAAAGUUAUUAUACCCCCGAAAAGAACAUAUUUUGUUCGCGGGUACAUAUCUCAACAGGGUUGCGAAAUGUUUCAAUCGAUUCUCUGUGUUCAAAACGUUUUAGACGUAUCAAACGUUUUGCUGUUAUAGAUUGUUUAAAACGCGUUUAUAAUAACGUUCAAAAGUUAAAUUGAAAUAACUAAUACCUAAGUUCCGGUUAAGGGAAGACAAUAAAAUAUUUUUUACACAGACCCUAUAAGUUCUUAAAAUAUAAAUGAAAAUAAACACAACUCCUUUACUCACUUUUGGAUAAAAAAAAAAGUAGCGUUUUUUUUUUUUUGUUUUUUUAAUCGUCGUUUUGUUCUCGAACCAUAUUAAUGAUAAAAUUCCAUUUACAAUUAACUGUUAUUAUUGUAGAUCGGAUUUAUACUCUCCUGUAAUCCACAAAAAGGCGCUUUAAAACAUCAACAAAUCUCUGCAAAAAGUAUUUACAAACAUUUAAGAAUGGCAAAAACGAUAGAGGAAUUCAUAUGUCCCCCAUCCCCCACUAAUGACUCUAACUUAUAAAAUUGAAUUUUCCAACAUUACAAAAUAAAAUCGUACGUAUUAUAAAAAGAAAAAAAAUUACAUUUUAUUAUUCGUUUUUGUGGUAAUGGAAAAUUUUAUUUAUAAAUUAAAUCCGUUAGACGGUGCGAGGGACUAUUAAAUCCCUCUAUUAUUUUUGCGUUUUUACAUAAUUUUAUUCGAGGCCUUUUGACGUUUUCGAUUGCAUUUUUGCGGGUUUUAAGAACAUAUCAAUCCGGUCCCUACAGACACUAUACAAUAAAAUACGGAAAAUAAACAAAAAAAAAUUGUUAAAAAAACAAACUGAAAACUGGUUUUUUUUUCUUUCUUCGUUCGCAACCCCGCGUAUUGUCAUCAUUAAUGUUAAUGUCGGCGUUACGUUCGCAUACGCGUAAUAUUAUAAUAACGUACGAUUUUUCCAUUAGGUACGCCGCCGUCAACGUCACCCCGCAAACACGAGGUCGGCGGCCACGCGAACGUCGACGACAAACAAAACGUGUCCGCGUCGACGCCGGUGAAGAACGACCGGAGCGCCGGCCGUAUAGACAUGAGCGCCAACAACAUAUCGCCGAUACACGGUUUUCGUCCGGGACGCGGGACGCCGGCGGCGGCGGCGGCGUACGGCAGUCCGACGCCGCCGGCCGCCGACCGCCAACACGUCCGGUUGCCGACGUCGUCGCCGUCGCGGCCAAACGACCGAGAUCGGUCGUCGACGGCGGCGGCACCGACCGCCGGCGUCGUCUCGGACCGCAGUCCGGCGACCGAACGCGACGCGAGGCCGGCGUCCGGGCGGUCGGCCAUGGACCUGUACGCGGCCAUACACGAGUCGAAAAAACGGUUGCUCGGCCAACAGCCGGCGGCGGCCGUCGCCCGCAACAACGCCGCCGCGGCACCGACGUCGCCGCCGCGGCACCAACCGCACCAGCAGCAGCAGCAGCAGCGGCUCGCGCCGUCGUCGACCGGGUCGCGGACGCGCGACGACCGGUCCGCGCGGUACGACUUCAAACGGCUCCUUUUGCAGACCAACAUGGCCGGCGGGAGGCGAGCUCAACAGUCGGCCGUCGCCAGGCUGCAGCAGCAACCGCCCCCGAGGGCCGGUCCGCCCGUCCGGGCCGUCGCCCAUCACUCGCCGUCCGGGAGGAGAGGGCAUCAUAUUUUAUCGUCGCCGUCGUCGUCGCUAUUGUCGUGGAAGUCGAACGUUCUCUCUUCGACAAUACAGGAAGAUUGUCGCGAAGACGAGGACUACGAUUUCGGACCCGGCGACGACGGAGACGGCGGCGGCGGCGGCGGUGGCGGCGACGGCGGCGGCGGCGGCGACGGCGUUCCCAAAUCCGCGACCCUCGUCAACCGCACGCUCAAAGGCCUGCAGACCGCCGCCGCGGCCGCGUCGGCUACGCGUUCCGCUCUGGAAACGGCCCUCUGA